AUAAAAAUGGCGGUAAAGUGACCUCAACAUAUAUCUUGUUUAUUUUCAGGAAAAAUUAGUCUUCUUUUCCUCGAAGUAGGAAAAAUGAGUGAAUUCAGAAUACACCAUCAUGUCUCAGAGCUUUUGAGCUUAUUAGGGUAAGUAGAACGGGGUCAAUAUCCCAUCAAAUAUUUCAAAUAUACCUAUAAGCUUAAAACUGACCGUCAUUGCAGAGCAAUGAUAAACAACUGCUUUCUGCUUUCUACAUGCAUACCCAUUUAUUUUAACCUCUACGUACCUUACAUCAAAGGUAGGUCGCAGGUUUUUUUGUGCGUUUUACUCGGUAUAUACAGUUCCUGUUUUAUUUAACACAGUUUCAGUUUCUUGAUUUAUUACCAGCAGGAAAAGGCAGCUUCAAUAUUAGUUCAUAAUUUUGGAAGCAAACAUUUAACCUUGAAGAAUUGCUUGAAGUUUUUGUAAAAUCGUCUUAAUUUUCUAAACUCAAAGUAAACAAUUAUUCCCCAGAAGGAGGUGAACAAUUAUUUGUGCAGUGAGCCUCCUGGCAAGCAGCACACUACAUGUAAUCUUUGGGUUUUCUGUGGUUCCUUGGUUGUUCUGUUGCUGUUAAGGCAUUACAAUCUCUUUUUUAUUUGUUAGGAUAAUUUUUAGCAGAAUGACCGUUGAUAUAACUUGUUUACAAAUUGGCCCAAUGCCCAGUUCAUGCACCGAACUUAAUAUCUAUUAGUGACCCUCCACAGGAAUUUUAUGCUAAAGGUGAAAGCACGCUCACGACAUGCUUGCACGACACGCGUAGUGUGCCGUAGAUCACGGAUAUGCGCAUAUUAAAUUGAAAAAACAAAGACGGACACACUUGCCUUUGUUUUGGUAAAUUUAACACGCUAGACCUUUUGUUUUUUUGUAGCGUACCAUAUGUCACGGUAAGUGUGUGAAUUAUAGCACGCUUAGCGUGCAAUUUGGGUAAGACACGCUGAACACGCUUGAUUGCUAAAACUGCGAAGAUGAUAAAAAUGGCUUGGGUUUUCAGCGGAUGUAAUCAGCAUUGAUAACUGGUCGAAGUGAAUCAAAUAUACCAAUUGAGACUGUUUUGGAAUUUGAUCGUAACUGUAGCCAUUUGAAAAUCACCACUUAAUGGUCGUCUAGCCUGGAAUUAACGUAACAUCAGUGUAAACCAAUUCCUCCAGCUGUCAGCUGUUGACCGGAAUCACAAAGAGGCCUGCUAUCGCAUGCGAGGCACUGAAGUUAUGUCGCCUGAAAAUUAUAGUUAUGCCACCGGAAUAUUUAUUAGCAGACGUAUUAUUUUCAUAGAGAGAAUUGGCCAACAGCAACACGGCAGGAACUUUUGGCUUCGAAAAGCUUAAUGAAGAAAAGAUGCGAUUUCUGUCAUCAAUCUUGCGCCAUAAGUUUGAUUCGCCCUCAUUUAUGGAAUAAUGGGAUAAUGUUUGUACAAAAAUAAACACUAAGUGUAGAGGGAAAAGAAGAACAUUCGUAAAAAGGCUUCAAAGGCAAAUUUAAGGUUAAUUAAGAAUUUUCUGAGAUAAGGUCAUUUAUUUUUUUUCUGUGAAGUUAAAAUUUGUAAAACUUAGUGCACCUAUCUUUCUCUUUCAUGGAAUUUGUUUUUUUCUCAUAAUGCAAUGUAAUAGGAAUGUGACAUGGUAAUUUUUCACUCUAAAGUUAGCAUUUUGUAGACUAUUUCUUUAGAAAUGAGUUUCUGUGUAAAAAAAAUAUAAAUAUAAAAGCGACUGUUUUUUUUUAUGUCUUAUCUUAAAUUCCGCUUUGUUUUAAUUUCGUCCUCAAGGCACUACCAAGUUUCAGGAGGGUGACAAAUCCACUCGUGCAUCAACGUAAAAUAGGCAUUUAAAAGACACAGUAAACUAGUGCAACAUAAUAAAAAAUUAUUUUCACACCGAGAAAGUGACUUAAGUCCGAAAGAUCACUGUUUCUGAGAAAAUUGCAAAUGUGUUUUAAAUUAAGGAGAGUUAAGAUAACCUUUGCACAGCUUCGUCAGUAAACAUUUCUGGAAAGAACUUUGAUUUUGCAAUGCUAAUAAAGUUCUACCCAUAAAUCCAGUAGGUUCCACCGUUCACUGUUUAUACUUUUCAAGCGACAACGUUUUUUCAAUCAGAUACUAUUGCUGCGAUCGCUGAGGUAGAGCUUUUUCUUCCUCGAUAGUUACCAAAAAAGGGUGCCGUUCAUAAUCAUUUACGGUUCCUUUUUGUAGAGGAAAUUUAUUUAGCUUAUAGAUAACACGCCUUGCGUGCUUUUGCGCACGCUGAAAGCGUGCUGUGCUUUUUCGCAUGGAGCUUUUGUUUGAAAACUUUAAUACGCUCUUUUGUUCAACUUGCUCGCGCUUAAUUGUCUCAAGCAUGUCCACUGAAAAAAAAGAAAUUGCUAAUGAGGCAAGAUUGCAAGUGUGCUAUAGCAUGUUAAAAUAAAUUCUUUUGUUUUAAAGUGAAAGCGUGUGGUGUGCGUGCUUUCACCUUUAGCAUUAAAAUCCUGUGGAGGGUCACAUUUAGGUUGACCCAAAUAAGACAAGUUUGACAUGGGUACCGUUGAUUCGGACAUCAAACUUGUAGUCAGACUCAAUUCAUUUCCUUGAUGUACAAUGGUCUACAUUGCUUACUAGUGAAAGUUAGUUAUAGUGAUUUAUGCACUAGAUUCGGCACUUGAAAAGUUCAACGUUUGAAACAAAGUCUCUCCACAGUCAAUAUUCCCUGUGGGUCGGCCACUCAAACGUAAUUCAUGGGUCAGUUCCCAAAUUAGGUAUAUCAGACUUAUAUAUAAUUGAUUCAAACAUUGAUGUACUUAAUUGAAGGAUUAGGUCCACUACAUGAAAAGUUUGACAUUUGAACUGCAAAAAACACUCUCAUGAUUUUUUUAUGUUUCAAUUCUGUUAAUGCCAGCUAGCUUACUCACUGAAAUGCAAUAGCUAGUGAAUAUGUUAGCCAAUUAGAGUGCUGAAUUUGUGAUAAUUAUUAUGCCAGUUUGUUUCUAGUAUUAUUGAUUUUAAUGGAAUACAAACAACUUGAUAUGUGUCAUUUCUGUCAAGUUUGCAGAUAAUCUGAUUUAUGUUCUAAACGCAUGACUGAUACUCUGUCCUGUCCUUCAAGUUUGUAUAACUCUCGCAUUCAAAGCAUAGUAUACUGUCUUGUUGGUUUCCACUAUCAUUGAUUAUGGUGGAACAUAAAGAACUUGACAUGUGUCAAUUCCAUCAUGUUUGCUAAUCUGCAGAUAAUUUGAUUAUCAUUCAAUGCAAAUGUUUCUUCCUUUUCAUUGACCGAGAGCCCACCACGUGACCUGCAAAUAACUGCCUAUAAAUAAUUGUGUGGUCAUGCGCAAUGUCGUUCAACUGUUUUUGGCUGCAAAUACUAUUCUGCUCAUGCGUAAAUGAAACCAUGCUUUUCUCCUUCUUGCGAUUGCUCUUGCAUGAAAAUGGCAGAUUGCUUCGCUUCCCGAAGAUAUUCCUUAAAAAACAAACUCAGUGAUCGGAUGAUAAAACAAUAUUAUUAUUGAACUCGGUUAUUGCAAAAUAUCAUGAUUUGUCAGUGUCGCACAGAUCAAUUAUUUGCCUCAGCCUUCGGCUUCGGCAAAUAAUAAUUUUGAUCUGCUCGCCACUGACAAAUCACGAUACCAUAAAAUUCCGAAAAUAAGCCCCUCCAACUAUAAGUCCCCCAAACUGUAACACAAAAACCCCUACGUCAAAUCACCCCUCCAAAUAUAAGCCCCUCGGGGGCUUGCACUUGGAAAAUUACCCUCAAAUACAAAAGCUUACAAAGUAAAACAAAGCAAAAACGAUAAAUUCACUUUCAACUAUAAGGCUAGCCCAAUCAAUUUUGAAAUGCAAUUUUCCUUCCGUAGAUAAGCCCCUCUGAAUAUAAGCCCCCCCCCAAAAAUAAGCCCCUCAAAAAGGGCUUUUGAAAAAUAUAAGACCCGGGGCUUAUUUUUGGAAUUUUACGGUAUUUUGCUCAACCUCGUCCAAUAAUUGCUAAUGUUAUGUCAUACAGCUGUAAAUGCGUGUCUGAUAAGUACACUGUCCAAUCCUUGCAUAUUUCAAAGCACAGCACACCUUAUUAAUUCAAUUCUUUUCAAAUGUAUUUCUAUUACAAACUUAAUUGAUCCAUAAGUUUCUUACCUAAUACAGUGGGUUUUUACUUUCAGAGCAAGCACAGGGGAUGGCCCAGAAGUGUAUGCUGAGAUACUCACGAAGAAUUUGACUCCUUAUGUUACAACCCAGGUUAACAUAUUAUGUGUUAUUUGUAGCUUUAUCUCUAGCACAUUGGGCCAGCAGAAAACCUGCAUUUAAAUAACAGCUAGUUUUGCAGUUUUUACUACUAGCCUGAAUUUCAGCCGUCUUCUCGAUUUGCAAACUCCUGAGAGAGACAUCUGGAUUAACCAGUCACUGAUACCUUCCAGUGACAUAACUAAUCACUGCCCAAAAAUCAGGUGGUGAUUUUGAUUGCUUGUUUGGACAUUCCCAUUAUUAUGUGUAAUUUUGAGAAAUUUUAGCAGGGCCGCAUUGCAUGGAGUUCAAAUUUUUGACAAUCUGCAUUGUAAACAGGAAAAUCUACUUUUCCACUUCUUCAAACUGUAACUUGUUAAACUUACUUAUAGAUGAAGAUUUGGUAUGGAAAGUUGGUAGAUUUUCAGUUAACGCCGUAUUGUAGUUUUGGCAGUGAUGUUUUUGAAGGGCCACAGCAGUUUAUCAACCUUGUUUUGAACUUGCAAAAUCUGAAAUCUUCAAUUUCUUGUCAUUUCCACUGUCAAGUGUAAUGAUUCUAUUGAUUUUUCUUCCUUUACUGGCAUCCUUUGUUAAAAGGUCCAAAGGAGCUAUGCAUUGUAUGCCCAGUCAUGUAGCUGAUAGUUUGAACAUUGAACAAGAGUUACAACACAUGUAAAACAAUACAAACAGCUCUGUACCCUGUAGACCUUAUCCUGGCUAUAUUUAUUCUUUGUUUAUGGCUUAAAAUUAUUUACAUAUUACAUACCUGUUUGCAUGAAUUAAACAAAAGAGUAGUGGCAUUCUUGGAUGAGUGUGAGACUGGCUCAGUGUUUUUUGUGCAUUGUGGAUUUUUUUAGGGAAGCCAUCUCUUCUUUCGUUAGCUAUUUUGCAGUUGCACUUAACAUUUGGUUUAUGUAUCAGCAUGCGUAUGUCAAGAUAUGAAGCACCCAGGAAGCUUGGAAAGCUCGAAAGAGAUGUAAGAGUUGCUCAAGGUGCAGCUGAGAGCAACUCUAGUCUCUUGAGUGCUCUCGAGCUCCAAACUCCGCAGGUGCUUCAUAUUUCAAUAUACGCACAGCUGAAGGGGCGUAUGGAAAAGCCGGAAUCCGGAAUCCGGAAUCCAGAGCCGGAAACGGAAACGGAACCCGAACUCGAACCCAAACCCGAACCUAAGAAAUAAAACUUGGAGACGUUUCUGUCUUAAGAGUGUCACUAACAAUUUUUGCUCGAUCAAGACUUUUCAUCCCCACAUUAUAUUAAUUUAUUGUUAUUAUAUUUUUUACUGUCGCAUUUUUUGCGUACGGCGCAAAAUUUUUCUUCUAGAAUUUCAUAUACGCGGAUUCCAGAUUCCGGCUUUUCCAUACACCCCAGCUGAAGCAUAAACCAAUUCAUUUAUAACAUUUUCAAUGUGAUCAACGCAACAGUAACUUAGAAUUUUAUUAUUAUUAUAGGGGGCGCUCAAAGCAGUACAUUUCAAUGUAUUCUAAUCCAUUUUCAGUUUGCCAAACCUUUUUUAUGUAAACACCAUUUAUCGUGAAUAGUUUCAUGAAAGCUUAUGGCGUAGACUAUAAAAUCAUUUGUCUUCUUAAAGUAACCGACUAAGGAAGAGAUCUGGAGGUCCAAAGAUUUCCAAAACCACAGUGUAAAUUAGACUUUGUUUAAAUAAUUGUUAAAUAAAGUAAUAGUUGUGGUCAGUGGUUUUCGUUGUGAAUGCUUUCUUCCAAAUUCCUUCUUCCCCUUUCCGUGAAAAGCAGAAAGAGGUUGAAAAUGAAUAGAAAAAUAUUGAUGGCCUGCAAAAAAGCUAAAGCGAAUACAUGUAAAUAUCAAUUGUUUCUCAUUAAUAAAAGGUCAGUGAAAAGUCAGGGAAUUUUUAACUUUCUGAUGAGUGGCAACCCUGAUUAAUAUAGUGCUGCCAUUGUGAGAACUUUAAACUCAGUGAAGUAACAACAGUAAAAGUAAUUCCAAAAGUGUAGUUUCAGGUAUUCUGCUGGGUUGGCGUGAUGAAAUUUAGUAGGUAGGCACGUUAAAAUUAGUUGAAGUCGUUAUUUAGGGACCUUACAUUCCGACAACAGCAACGUCCAUGAAAAUGCCUAUAAAAAUAGACUUCAUAUCCUCUCAAACUAUAUCAAGAUUAUCUUAAGUCACCUUGUUACUUAAAAGAGGGAAUUUAGAUUGGAGCUGAAGAGAAGGCACUGAGUCCAAGUUGAUAGAGAGAUAGUAGAAUCUAUCGCCUUGUCAUUCCUGUUCUCAAGUAAACUUAAAAUUUGGUCAUUUUACAUUGUAGUUGCACAGGGCUGGCAAAGAAAUUUAAGAAAAAGCAUGUGCAGAGUCGUUGCUUUGCUCAUUAGACAUAAUGGUUUUUUGACAUUCCCGUUGCCGUCACCGUCAUAGUUUUGUAUCCAGGGUCCCUAAUCCUAAUCAAUGAACUUCACAUUAUGAUACCCACUCAAGGUCUGGACCAGGAUAACUUGACUGGAAAUUGAAUAGUACCGUAAAUACAGUAUACAUAGCAAUUAUGUCCAAUAAAUGAAAAUAGUUAUUGAUUUUCCUCUCAUUAUCUGUCCAGGUCUCAGCCCAUGCAGCUAAACGAAAAAUUGCUGAAACAAGUACUACACCAAGGGACUUUUUAAAGAAAUAUGACGAACUGAAGUCUAAAAAGUUGAGUUGUCCUCAAUAUUUACAUUUUCAGAUCAAACACGUAUUUACAAGAUGUUUGUGGAGGGAUUGUUGUUGACGUCAUCAGCUGUUUUCUUGUAAACUUUAGUACAAUGUUUGUUUGUUGAUGUCAAUGUAAAGCAUUAGUAGAAUUUUUUAACAGUGUGUAUUUGUUUACUUGCAGUGUGAGGGAACUUGAUCCUUUGGUUUACAUGCUGUCUCGACUGGCCGAGGAUAAGCAGGUUUGAAUUUUUUGCAACUUUGUCUUUAAUAGAUUUGGCAAGGUAAAAUGUGUAAAUGUAAAUGUUGUGUCUGGUAACAUUACCAUUAUGUCCCCAUGCCAUUUUACAUGCACUUAACAGCAGCAAAAUGUCUUAAGGUGGCGCAACCAGUAUUUUUGUAGGCAUACCUUUCCCCUUUGGACCUCUUAUAACUAAACAUGGGUUUCACAUAGACUGAACUUAAUUACGGUUGGAAUGAUCACUUGACAAUGACGUUACUAUGGUUUUAGCUCUUAAUCACAUUGCAGCCCUUAUUUGCUGUGUACAAUUUGAAUUGGGUGCUUUCCUUCUGCCGUGUGAAUUUUCACAAAAAAUCUGUAAGAGGAAUCUUGAGAUAUCGUUGAAUUUCUACUUGAAAGCUAUGAUUUAUGCAUAAACUGAAUAUUGGACUUUAUGCAACCAUUUGGAUGUUUCUGGAAAGUUUUAUUGAAUUGGUGUUAAAAUCAAAAUUCAUCACAGUAAUAAGAGUUACUGUCAGUGAUUACUUCCCUCCCCUCAUACUCUUUAAACCUGGCCUAGCUAUAUUAGCAGCUGCUUCUUGAAGCCAAUCAAGUGUAAAAGGUGUUUUCCUAAAUAAAGUUACAGUUAAGUGAAGUUAUGUUGUUACAGAUGUUGACAUUCCUUGAAAAGAACACCAAGGAUCGAUCCAGGGCACGUGUAGGUGCUCUAACCAGUGGGUCCAAGACUAGUGCAAUAGCUGCUGCCGAGGCCGUACUGGAUAGCGUACCUGCAUCAGGAACUAUGACCCAACUUGAAGUUAAUGAAGUAAGUAUGUCUUAUAUGUAUAAGUAACACCAGCAGCUGCACUUUCUGCUACACAGGUAUCUUCCUUACUUUCAAUUAAGAUUAGAAGUACACAGUACAGUCUAUGUUCACUUUAUUCUACCUUGUAACACAUUCUUGCAUUCAUGUUUAUAUAAUGUUACAGGUUAAAGCUAAAUUCAGGUUAAAAGUUUUAAACCUAGGUUGAUUCUCGAUUUCCUUUAUCUGGUAACCCUAAUUCAUGAAUGAUUAGGGCUAGGAGAUAAAGGAAAUUGAGAAUCAACCUAGUUAAAGACUUUUAACCUGAAUUUAAUUUUGACCUGUCACUUAUACAUUGCUAACCUAAGGAAUCUUAGAACCAUUGGUGUAGUUUAAUAUUGUACAAUGUUAAGUUCUCUGGUUAGCUUCUUUAUUAGAACAGAUCAUCAACUGAGGAGCGACUAAACGUGAAAGGAAAUCUAACACAAGACCUACACAUGUUUGGUGUCUUAUUACGUAACAUCCUUCCUCCUCUAAGAUGAAUGAUGAAUAAAUGAAUCAACUAAGUUAUAUAAAGUGACAAAACAAAAACAAAGAUAAAUGACGCAUCUAAGCUUAAUUGUAACUUAAGGAAAAAAAAGAGAAAUUGUUUCUAGUCAUGUCCUUAAUCUCAGUAUCUGUCUCUUGCUCUCAAUGUUUGUGGAGCAAGGGUUUACAGUUCAGUUUCUUAAAAUGUAUUAGUCCUUCAAGUAUGCUGGCUUAUGGACCACUCUCCUGGGUCUGGUUUCAGUCGGCACUGACAUGGAUGUAGGGCUGACUGGUUUGUUAGGGCAUCCCAGCUCCGGUUUCUCGUUACCUGGGGGUGCAGUUGUCGCUUGUGUAGAACAAGAUUUCUGAUAGUUAGACGGUAACAUAGAGGUUGGCUGGCAUAUGGGUCACGGUUUCUGACAACCAUUUUCUGAGUUGACUUCACGCCUUUUAAUGCUACCAGUAUGUGGUUGGCUCAUUUCUUGUGUCUUUCGAAGAUCCACUCUGUUUUGCUUGUCGCAACUAGGUAUGAUUGUUCAUCCAGUCUUUUUGCCACCAUUGCCUUGUUCCAUGUCUUCUCAUUCAGUGUUUAUGGUCUCAUGUGUACAACAUCUCCUUGUAGCAUGGGUAGAUCUCUUGCUUUUCUUUUGUAGUAGUGCUCUUACUUUUGUUGACGCAUUUUGAUUCGCUUGUUAAUGUCUUCUGUGUUGACAUGCUGUUGUUUGAGGAGUUCAGCUGUUAUGGGCAGUUGGGUUUUGGUGGGUCUUCCCACCAGCCUUGGACUCAAGUCCACGUGUAUUCUGUAGUGCUUUUUCGUGCUGCAAGUAUUGCAAGGUAGGGGUCACUUUUGCUUUUCUUUGCCUUCCUGAAGAUGCUCUUGGCCGUCUUUACAGCAGAUUCAGCCUGAACAAAAGCCUGUUGAUGACCAGGACUGCUUGUCUUGUGCUCAAAGCCCCAUUCUCUUCCGAACUGAGCGAACUCUGAAGAAGUGAAUUGUGGUCCAUUGUCUGAGAUUACAACAUCAGGAAUGCCGUUUCUUGGAAAUUGGCUAUUCAGCUCGCAUACACAUGUUGAUGCUUUGGUAUCUCUGAGCCUGUCAAUUUCCCAGAAAUUGGAGAAAUAGUCCACAGCGAUGAGAUUAACUGCUGCCCGGUAAGCUAAAUUGGAAGAGCACCGGUCUGCUGAGCGGGAGGUCAUGAGUUGACUCCCCGGCCGGACCAUCAACCAAGGUCUUUAAAAAACUGGUGAGAUCAUGCUAGCUGCGAAACCCCUUUCCCAGUUCAGAUGAUAGCAUCACUGGGCGGUGACGUUAAGCUGUUGGCAUUGUCUCCUUCAUCCUUGUACUUCCAUUGGAAGGGGAUGUAAAAGAACCCGUGACAUUGUUCGAAAAGAGUAGGGGACAUAGGCCCUGAUGUCAUGGUCUAUCUGACUUAUGCUGUCAUCGGUCUGGGUGGGCAAGAUGUGAUCAAAACAAUGAUGGACUGAAGUGGCUGACAGAGUGCACCUUUACAUGUUGAUGUCCGAUCUCACCUCUCUAGUUCCACUGCAAUUCAGGCAUUGGCUGCAAGUGAGGAAAGUUGGCACCAUUUUUUAAUUUUAAUUUACACCAUUUUUUUAUUAUUAUUUGUUUUAAUUUUUGUUGUCAAGAUUGCAGAUGUGUACUGCGACUUUUUCCCAUGGCUUGUCAGUGGGCUCAUGGCUCAUCAGUGUUUCCUUGGCUUGCUUAGCUGAGUAUUGACUGCAUAUUUCACAUUGGAUUACGUAUUCCUUUAUUUCAGCACUCACUCUCGGCCAAAAGAGACACUCGUAGGUUCUUCUUAGACAUCCAUUGAUUCCUAUGUGGGAGCUAUGCACCUGUUUCAUGGUCUGAUAGCGCAGGGCAUGUGAAAUGACAAGGCGUUCUCCCCUAAAAAUCAGUGCAUCAUACACAGACAACUCAUCCCGGUAACUGUAGUAGGGGUCAGCAAAGCAGGAAGGCUUUUUCUUGUCCGCUGGAAAUCCAGUUAGAGUUACUUCUUUAAGCAGCUGCAGGACUUUAUCUUUACUGAUGUGUCUCAGGAUUUCCUCAUGCUUUUCUUCAGAUACUGGUAGGAUCUUUAGCACAUUAACCAUCUCAAAGUCUCUCUGAGUGUUCUUACUUGAGGGCAGGUACACCCUGCUUGGUGUGUCAGCUAGGUACAUUCAAGAUCCGGGAUUGUACACGAUGUUGAUGUCAAACCUCUGAAUCUUGCAAAACAUCCCUUGUAGUCUUUUGGGUGCACAUCUUAACAGCUUUUUGGCAAUGGCCUCCAAGGGUUUGUGGCUGCUCUCGAUUGUGACAGGUCUGCCAUAUGUAUAUUGCUUGAACUUGUCUAGUGCAAAGACCACAGCAAGAAGUUCCUUUUCAAUCUAUGCAUAUCUUGAUUCUGUGUCUGUGAGGGCAUGGCUAGCAAAAGCCACAGGCAGACCUUUCACUAGUACUGCUGCUCUGAGCCCUUUCCCACUGGCUUCGCAUUGGAUUGUUCGUUCAUCUUCCGGGUUGUAGUACCUGAGAAGUGGUGAUGUGGUGGCCAUUUGUUUAAUUAGUUUCAAAGCUGCGUCAUGUUCAUGGGUCCAUUUCCAUUCAUUCUCUUUGCAAGUGAGGUUUCUAAUAAGCUCCAUGACUCCACUUACUUUCCGCAUAAACUUAGCUAAGUAAUUGACGAAUCCACAGAAUCUUCUGACUGCUUUGAUGUUGUCCAGUCUCAGCAUUUUUUGCACAGCCUUUAUCUUGUCCAGGUCUGGUUUCGGGCCCUCUUUGGUGACAACGCGUGCCAGGUAGGGGAAUUCUGUGCACUUGAGUAUAAUGAACAUCGUCAGUUUGGCUGACUCUUCAUCAAGUGCCACGUGCCAGUACCCACUGCAGGCAUCAACUUUUAUGAAUACUCUAGCUUUUGAUAGUUCUGGCAAAACAUCUUCUAACACUGGGAUGGGAGCACUUUAUUGAGCUCUUUCAGAUCAAUACAGAUCGUCAGGUCUCCAGAUGGCUUUGUCGCAAUCACAACGUUGCUGACCCAGUCUGUAGGUGCAUCCAUUGGUGCUAUCACGCAUAAUUUCACGAGCUUCUCUAGUUCUUGCUUGAGUCUCGGCUUCAGCACUAAGGGUGCCCGUCUGGAAGGUGAUAUAAAUUAUUUGGUGAUAUUCUAAGAUUGACUUCUAAUCGCUGAGCUCCUGGAAGGGUUCCCAAGUCCCCUUCAAAGACAUCUUGAUACUUCUUGAUGAGUUGGUCAGGGGUCUUCAACUUGUCUGCUCUGCAGCUCAGCUGUUUGACGCCUGCUACUCGCACAAAAUUUUCUGGGUGUAUUUCGAGGAGUCUCAUGUGUUGGCUGGCUUUUUCUCCCAGAAGUGGGAUUAACUCCUCCUUUACGAUGACAAACUCUAUGGAAUAUUUCUUGCAGUCGCCCCACAGUCUACAUGAAAGCGGAUUGCUUUUCCUUUCAGGAUUAUUUCUGCAUAAAUUUCUUGCGCAUUUUCACGGUGUUCGACUGUACUAAUAGAAUCAGAUGUUACUAUCUCGCAAUCAAUGUAAUCUGAUUCACUUGAGCUUUCUUCAUUUAUGUCGUCUGCCUCACUUGAUCUUUCCUCGUAUUCUUCUCUUACACCAUGCGUCCUGUUUGUCCUCUGUUUGUCUGUUCAACUGCAGACCACAGGUUCAUAGUUCUUCCAUUGUUGCUUGUAUAACUUCCAGAUCUCGCCCGUGUUUCUCAAGGACAGAUUCAAUCCUGUCAGGGGUUGUAUACCUUGCCAUGGCACCGCUGGUUGUGCUCCAGCGGCAGGAGCUGGUUGUUCAGUGAUCGAUUAGGCCUCUGCAGUUGGUUCUUCAACCUCUGCAUUGCUCAUUCUGUUUGAUUUACCGCUGCCACCAUGUUAAGUUCUCUGAUUAGCUUCUUUAUUAGAACAGAUCAUCAACUGAGGAGCAACUACACAUGAAGGGAAAUCUGACACAAGACCUACAUGUGUCCGGUGUCUUAUUACAUUACGUAACAUACAAUAAUGUCUAAAGUCCACAUUUUUAGAGGAAAUUCUUCAUGGAUUUCCAAUAUAGGGGAAAAGCAGGGAGGUCAAAUCCACAAAACAAUAUUUAUGGAUGUUGACUGUUAUGCUCAAAAGUUUGACAGAAUAUGAUUUUUCUAAGUCUAAACUUAGAAGUCUGUGGACGAAAUCCAAGGUUGUGGUUCUUUGUUAUAUUUCUUUUGUUCCCUGGAGUUUAGAAUGUGAAGCCAUAUGCAAUAAUCAGGACUGUCAUUAACAUUUCAAGUUGGUGAUUAUAUAUCCUGGCAGCCGGAAUUGAAUAUGUAGGAACUUCUUUUUGGCUACUUUCCUUUUGUUUCCUAUUAAAGUAGCUAGGGGUCAUGCUCAUAGAGUAGAGAUGGGUAAAUCCCUGGUCCUAAGUGACAGCCCUGAAUUAUUUUUUAAACUAAUUAUUUAGCAAUGUUGGUAGUCUUGUUAUUUUCCCAGUAAUGAUUACUUCCUUCUGUUUCCAGGGUGUUCUCCAUUUACAAUGAAAAAUUCUCUGGCUAACGUUUGGUAUCGUGUGACUAUUUUUUAUUCAGAUGAGGAGCCUCUGUCAAAAUAUUCUCUUGUAACGUUCCGCCUUUCUCCUCCUACUAGAAUUCUUAAUGAAAACCCUGUUUCUUUUUAUUUCCCGUAGCUUCGCACCAAACUUGCAACGGUAACAAGUAGUGCUAGCCAAUCAGGUUCAUCUCCUGAAGCUGUGUUAAAAGCCUUAAGAGAGAAACAAGCCAGGAGGACUGGUACAUACUAAUCUUAUAAGCACUUAAUGUGUGAACCUUGUAGCAGCCAUAACAAUAUUUAGCCUAAUAUGUAAAUUUGUUUGUUACUAGUUUUAUUGCAAAACUCACAAAACCAUAAACGUGAGAAAUAUUUUUGGACAGUUAUUGUGUUGCCAGGGAAGAGUUAAUCAGGUGUGGGAAAACUAAACUGCAAGCAGCAACAGUAAUUAGCUUGUGCAUGUGUCCUGAUCUUGGCUUUGAUUGGUCAUAACACAAUAAUCAUUCCUAAAAUAUUUCAGGUGUUCAUGGUUUUAGUUUGACAGUAAGAAUUCUUCAGUCCUUCUCUUUUGUAAAAACGUUUGUGGUUUCUGAAUAACAAUGAGUACAUUAAUCACUCUAAUACCCAUUCACUGUAGCUGCUAUUUUUUUCUUAAUAAAUUUGCAGUGUUCUGAAUACAAAAACAUAUCAAUCAUCAUAAGUCAUAUCGGUGAAGUUAUAAGUCAUAUCAGCAUAAUCAUAAGUCAAGCCCAAUCAACAUGAAAAAGUGGCUGUUAUAUACUGUUAAUAAUUUAUUAUUAUUUUUUUACAGGCAAUUUACCUCCAACGCCAUCCUGGGUCAGCGAACGUCCUUACCUUAGCAGAGAUUAUGUGACUGCAGGUUUAACAACUUCCUCCGCAGUUGUGAGUAUGUUCAUUUUACCUAAUUCUCACAUACACUGAUUAAAAAUAGCCCUCUGAGAGGACAUGAGCUCAGGCAAUGAAAAGUCUGUACAAAAACCACGUGCUUGCAAAACAAAAUCGUUCUUCAAGGCAGUCACGUUGUAUAGGGACUUCAAAUCGGCACAUGCACUUUUUGUCACCUUUUGUUAUGUGCUGUAAGUGCUUUAUAGCACGUAAGGUUGGUUCAGCGGCCACGGGCAUUGUUAAAGCUUUCACAGAUAUGGUUCUGGGACUAUUGUAAUUUCUUGCCAAGAGUAAGCACCAAAUUUCAUGACAAAAUUACCAUAAAAAAGGUGGAAUUUUAAAAAUUCCAGUUCUUUUGAAAUUAUGUAAUUUUGUGACACUUUUGGGGAAGUCGAACAUCACGCCAAUAGCAGAGUGGUGUUCUCCCUUUAAAGCCAACAUGGAGUGUUACCUUUCUUUGCCCUUACAUUUAAUUGUAUAGGAAUAAUGGCGUAAUCAUUAUUUACGAUAACAUAGGAGCACCAACGUUAAAAUAUAAUUUGCAUAUCUAUUCAUAAUGUGGCUUGACAAAUGUUGUACAUUUAUUUACAGCCUGUGUCAGUUGGAACUUUACCUUUACCUAUGCAGGAGUUAGCCAUUGUAGAAGAUCUUCUGUUUCUUAUGAUGGUGAGAUUUGUCCCUUAUGCCGAUUUUGACUAGGUUGUAAAAAGUGUUUUAAAAUGAAAUUCCAAAAUUGUUUGAACCUAACUAGUUUGAUUAUCUAUCUUUUGCCUCCUUACCUUAACUGUUUUAUUCAUGACCAUGAAGACCAUGAGACCAAGAGAAUUGAGAAUCAAACGAGUCCAUUUUUACAUUACUUUCACUUAUACCAGCAACAUUUAAUGCUGCAUUUAGAGCACUUGUUGUUGUGUAAUGAUUUUUACUCAGGUGAGCAAAUGUCCAUUAUAUUUGUCACUAAAUCAGUUAGCUGGUCAAUCAACUUAAUUAUUACCAAAAUGUUGCAAGUGAGUAGUUGUCUUAAUAGUUCAAGGGUCAAAAGAAUGUGAUCAUAACUACAGUAAAAACCCGCACAUAAGAACCAAGUGAUUUAAGAACCUACAGGCCAAAAACGCCGAAAAUAUAAGAACCUGUUCAGCCUGGGAAAGAAAAAUAGUUUCUUACAAAAAAAAUCAGUUCGAUUUUGAUGGUCAAAAUUCUGGAUUUGAAUUGUGUGAAAAAAGUUGGGUAUUGUUUCCUUUGAUUAACCAUUAUGUAUUAUGUAUUAAUCUUUAUGUAGUAUUAUUUCUUCUAAAGGUUACACUACGGCAACCUCUAAAAAACAAGAACCUAUUAAGAACGUAAUCGACCUGAAUUGUGAAAAACUACCCUAAAAUAUAAGAAUAGCGUGUACAGCCUGACCUCGAAAAUUCUAGGUUCUUAUGUGCGAGUUUUUAAUGUAUUUUAACUGGGUGGUCACGUGCAAACCUACAAGGCAAAUUUUCACCUUGAAAAUGAUAUUCCCAAGUAUUUGAUCUUUCCUGUUGUUGUGUCCAACUGUAAGUAAGAUUAUGUCAAACAUGGAUACAUUUUAGUGGGAUAUCAUCUGAUGACCCAUUGUUAUUUGCAGCUCUGCAACAUACAUCAAGUUGAGUGCAUGCAGGCUAUUUCUUUUAUUCGUGUAAAUUGAAAUGGAGUUUCAUUUGCUUUUUUGUUUAUUUUCAGGGUGUUGAGGGGAAGUAUCUUCUUGUCAAACCUCUUAAAGACAAGUUCAGUGCCAGAAGUUUCACCAUUGAUAAGACUUUAGGUAAGAGCAUGCUGUCAUAUAAAAUUAAACAUUUAGGUGAGAUUUAGCAGGGCUGUCAUCAAGAGGCGGGGGCUGGGGAUUUCCCCCGUUGAACGUGGCCCCCGCCUAUUUUCAAAGGAAAAUAGAAGAAAAAUAGAACCAAAAGAAACCCCUACAUGUAGCUGUUUGAUUCCCUGCCCACGAAUUGUAUUUACGCGGCAACUUGAAAUCUUAGUGACCACCUUGAGUUAGUGUCGGUUGUGGCCUUUCGUCUAUCAUGGAAUGCAGAAUAUAAAAAGCAUACAUCAUGUAUGAUGCAUCUUAUUCCAUUUUAAAUACAGAGAUAUCAAUGUUGGAGCUGGUACAAAGAAUCUUACCUGUUUGUUCCCAUUACUCAACCAUCUGCAGAUUUAUUGAAGGUAAUCAUGCGUAAAUUGUAUUUCUUAGACAAAAAGGAUGCAAGACACAGGGUGAGACAAAAACAAGAAAAAAACGCUUGCUAAUUAAAAUACAACAAAUCUGUAGCUGCAAUGCAGGUGUAUUUUUUUGGCAAGCAAAAGUUCCUUGGGGUCUUGCAAACAUAAGUUCUUUCGCUUUACACUGCAUGCAGCAUAAAGUUGUUCUACUUGUAGUGCUAAUGGUAAUUAGAUGCAGGUUUUUGAUUUCCAGUACUCAGUUUCUUUCAAUAAUGUUUUGGGUAAAAACACCCUUUCAGAUAGGAGAUAAUAUUACAGCAUUCUUCCACUUUUUGUGUGUCACCUUUCACUAAUGUGUUACCAUAGUAUUUGAAAGUUAAAUUUGACCAGCAUUGUAUGGUCACGGUUGCCUUCAAACGUACUUACAAAACUAAUGAGCUCUGUGGCUUAUUUGCUGAAAUUAGGGGAAAAUCUGUUGUACUAUUUCGAAGAAAUUAACAUUUUUUUAAAAAUGCAGAUUUAAAUAAUAUUAUAUGCUGAUAUCUCAAAUGAAUGUUUUUAUACCUACAAGAAAGUAAAUAACAUUUUUCUUAAAGUUCCACCAUUCUUUAUUAAGGAUGUCAAAAACCGUAGAAAACGGUUACAUCUUUCCUCCUUAUAAGUAGGUUUGCACGACCUUUGUAACUUCCCUGUUUUUUUUUUUAUGCCAAGGGUGCGAGAUGUUCAUGAAUAAACGUUUCAUAAAUUUCCAAAUGUAUCCUAAAAAUGGAGUAAAGAUAUUCACGUAAUUAAAGACUUGUCUUGCAUUUUUUAGAGUUUAUUUUACUAUUUUAUGUUUUUUAAAACUGUGCCAAUAUAGGCUGUUACAGCUCAAAUUUUCUACCAUGUGAGCAGGCAUAAGAUCAAUUUUUUCUCUAUUUUCUAUAUCCUUGAGAUUCUCACUUAGAGCAUGAGAAUAAAUAGCAGGUAUAAAGGUAAAGGUGCACACGAGCAAAGGGCUUAAACGGCCGGAGCUUAGCGCGGUUUCAUUAGCAUGAAGCACCUAGGAGUAUUGCUACUUCCCCCUGGAUGGGAUGCCACUCCAUCACAGGGUUACCCCCAGCAGUAUGUCGCCGGUACCCAUUUAAGCACCUGGGUGAAGAGAGACAAAGUGGAGUAAACUUCCUUGUCUAAGGAAACAACGCGACAGGCGAGGCUUGAACCCCGGACCUCCAGAUCCAGAGUUCGAGUUUUAACCACUCGGCCACACACGCCUCCACAAAAAAUAGCAGGAAUAUUGCAUCGCUUUUGCAUGCAUUUAAUGUUAUAGCAUGGCUGGAAGUUUUUAUUUUGUUAAACAAGAAUGCUCUUAAGAGGGUUAAGUCGAGCUUGCUUGGGGGGAAAGAAGCCUCUUUUAGCAAGGAAAUUUGAUGAGAAAUGUUUUUAAGAUUCCUUUUUAUCACGAUUUCAUGAGAAUUCUGUGUACAGAUCUCUGCAUUUCUAGCAUACAAGCACAAGGUACACGCAAUGCAAUAGUCUCUGAUUGUCCGAUUACAUACUCAAAUGUCAAACAGCGUGUUUUUACUUGAGAACAUGCAACAGUAUAUUGUCACAUCCUUCCUCUUUUUUCUUUUUAAACGGAACAAUAACAAAUAAAAAUAUAGAUAUAUACAUAUAUAACAACAAGAGCAGUUCUGUCCAUCCUGCACCAGCAUCAUACGAAACAAGAACAAAUGUUUAUAUUGUUUGUACUGGUCAGCCAGGUUAAACGUAGUCUUGUGUGCGGGCAAUAGAGUACUAAAGCCAUGACGUCACGUUGCGUGGCAACGGAAAAAUUUGGGUCUAAACAAAACGGAUGGAGUAAUUCAUGGCGGCACUUUCGAUAUCAUCGCUGGCUUCCUUUUUCUCUGAUGAGCAGAAGUCCUUAACAAGAGGUGAAAAUCAUUAUCAGUCUAAUCACAUAGAAAGUUUUUCCUUCAGUGAUGGUGUCAUUCGUGGAGAAGUUCACGCUAGCAUGAAGAAAAAAGUGUAUAAAGUGACGGUAAGUGAUCGAUACUUUCAACCAUGUUGAUUCUUGUCGAUUCUAUCAACCAAAUGGCUUUUAUGCAUUUUGUGGCUUCACUCAGUCAUGUUGAUCGUUAUUAUAUCUAAUACAAAUAUUUAAAAGAAAGCUUAAUCCACGAUUUGGAGGCCUAAACGCAACCGACGGUACCUCGCUCUGUUUUUUAUGUUGAAAGGUAAUUUCACCACGUUCCCCAUCAUGAGUUAAGCUUUAAUAUAUGAAAACUUACAAACGCCUUACAGUUCCCCAAAUAAUACCAGUUUUCUCCGCGAUUUUAGAUUUAUUUAGAGGAAGAGAAGAACAUUAAAUCAACGGAUUGUGAGUGUCCGCGAGGGAUGUUUAGGUGUAGUCAUGCUGUCGCUUUGUUUAUACAUGGCCUAUACAACCUCAGUAGAACAGACAUUGAAUGCCAGUGGAAAAAGCGAAAAGCCACAAACUCGUUGCUGCCGUCAGUGCAAGAAAUGUUUCCUCCUGCAAAACCUGCAUACCGUGCUCUUUUAAGAGACCCAACUCGUGAAGAACGUAGUGAACUUUUCCAAAGGCUGAAAAACUAUGGUAAAUUUACUGGACUUUAUUGGCUCAUGAGCCCUGAACCACAGACUCAGUCUAAGUCCUUGCCAGUUGCUACAGUAGAGGAUGUUAUUUUCCAAGAGGAAUUUCUACUGUUGCAAGGCCUCCAAGAACAACGUCAGUAUUUUCUGAAUAAAGUCAGUGUUGAAUGGAGAACUAUUGAAGAUGUAAGCCGCCUUACUGCUGGACAAAGGGACAAUCCUUCUUGGCAAAUGAUCAGGAGGGGUCGACUGACAGCAAGUAACUUUGGUUCAGUUUUAAAUGCCAAGCGUGUUACCCCGUCCUUAAUCAAACGCCUUCUCGGUGAAUACGAUCUAUCAAGGGUGAAAGCUGUCCAGUAUGGGUAUGCAAUGAAUCUGAAGCCAUUAACGCAUUCAGGCUCAAGACUGGCCUGGAUGUGGUGGAAACAGGUGUGUGGCUACACCAUUCUGGAGUCCUCGGUGCCUCUCCUGAUGGAUUGGUUGGAGAAGAUAGUGUUCUAGAGGCUAAGUGCCCCUAUACACACCGAGAUUUGACUAUUGAGGAAGCCAUUAAGACCAGCAACUUUUACCUUGAAAAGAAGGAUGGGGAAAUUGUGUUGAAACGUGACCAUGUUUACUGGCACCAAGUCCAGGGCCACUUAUUUCUCACCAAGAGAAAGAAGUGUUACUUUGUCGUCUGGACGCUGAAAGAUUUUGUAGUUCUUGAAAUUCAGCGGGAUGACUCUUGGGAGAUUAAGAUUGAAGAACUGAAAGAAUUUUAUUUGAAACACCUUUUCCCAAAAAUUAUUGAGGGAGAACUCUAAAACUUUCAAUUCUUUUUUUUAUUAUUAUUUUUCCAUUAUAGGGCACUUCUUGUAUGACUGAAACACAAUUUGUAUGUUGUGUACAGGGCUAUACAUGAUACGGGCUGUCCACCUUUCAAACUUGUUGCUGUUCGGAAAAUUUUCAAUUUCACAGUAUUUUUAUUCCUAAAUAAUAAUGUAUGAAAUGUAACCUGUUAAUUUUAUUGUUUAUAGUUCCUUAGUUUGUGACAAACAUUAAAAAAAGUUUCUCUUUGAAAACUUGUUAUGACUGAGUCUGUUUCAUUCAAUCCUUUAACUCCUAAGAGUGACCAACUUUAAGUUUCUCAUAAGUUAUAGAAACACUACCCAAUCAAACACAUGACUGUUAACCCUCUAAGUCCAAAUGUACAAAUACACAUACAAAUCCUGCAGACUGAGCAGACUGAUAUUAUACAUUUUCUUAAAGUAUUAGCAAGAUAAUGUGCAGUAGUACAUGUAUCAUGAAUCAUAAAAAUUUAUUUUGAUGUUAUGAAACGUGCAUGCAUAUACAACAUUAAGAAGAAAUAUUAAAUCACUCGAAUUGCUUCACUUCCUCUGCAGGCAUCCUGAACUUAAACAUGUACCAUAACAAAAGCCUACUGACAGAAGAUCUUAAAGAAUAUGACGAUUAAAGAACAAUAAAAAGUACACCCAACUGUACAAUAUUGCUUUUGAGAAUAUCACUUAUGUAUCCACUUAACUGGCAAUGUACAUUAAAUUUCCUAGUCAAAGUCUGUUCCCUCACACCCCUCUUUAAUUAAUGGAAACUGCAAGUUGACAAUAGCUGCACAUAACUGAAACACUUUGUCAAUGUGAGACCUUAAGUAUGGAGGGACAAAACUCAGAAUUUUAAAAUCUUUGAGCCUUGCAUUUGCCCUUUCAACAUGUAUGCGACAUCUAGCAAUUGACUUGGUUAACUUGGCCUCACUUUCAGUAAAUUUACCGUGUUCAAGAAAUGGUGGAAUGUUCACAGACACACCCUUAGGAACAAUGUCUUGAAUGAGAAAUCCUUUGUCUGCUAAGAUCAGAUCACCAGGAACAAAGUGCUGUAGAAAACCAGAUUGCUGGACAAUCUCUUUGUUAGAGAUGGAUCCAGGGUAGAGGUUGCUAAUGUAGGUCAACACUCCAUUAGGUGCAACCCCUGUCAAAACUUUGAAUGAGUUCAUCCCACGGUAACUUGAAUAGGUCACAUUUUGUUGACUCAUAAGGCUUGGUGUGGCCACUUCAAUGUCAGUACAAUCAAUAAUAAUUCUGCAACUCGAGAACUCUGAAAAGGAUGAUGGCGAACACAAGCAGUUCUUGUUCCUGGAAGGAAUCACUCUCAUCAGAUCAUCAAACAGCAGUGUAUGUAAGAUGUGUACAAAUGUUAUAACUAUGUUAGAAAUUGUCCCAACACUGCAUGAAAAUAGCUGUGCCAGGUGUAAAUUGGUGUAGUUUUGCCGUAAUUUCAUAAGUGUUAUGAAGAUUUGGUCCUCAAAGGUUAUGGACUCGACUUUCCAUCCACAGUAAUAAGAAAUGGAGUCCUUGAAUUUAGCUGUAUAAUCCACUACAAUUGUGAAAAUCUCCUUUGUUGGUAAACCAGUUUCCAUUCUGAUUACUUCAGAACUCAAGUUUGAAACAGAGUAAUGUUUUUUCUGAUACUGCAUGGUGUCCUGGUGAUAGUUCAGCUCCUGCUUCGCUACGUUUAAUUCUGCCUCUAAGAUUAUUUGCUCAGUUGGAGUUGAGGAUCUUUCGUCCCAUGUAUCUGAAGACUCUGUAGAUUUGGCAUUAAUGAUGGCCAUGGUAUCUUUAACAGUCGGUAACUUAUUAACCAAUGAUUUGGGUUUCUUUUUCUUUUUCGGAGGAGUUUUUUGUGACGGGAAUAGUUUAUCAGCAUUCCACUUGAAAAUUUCCGGCCCUGCAGAUUUCUUUCCACGUCUGAAAUGACAGCUGCACACUUUGGAAUGCUUGCUUGGUUUUCUGUCAGCUCUCCUGAUAUAGAACAUUACCCUUCAGAUUAACAUUAAGAGGUUUAAACAACGCCAAAAUUUUAGCUUAAACUAUCGGAAUACUACUUGUGCCUUACACUUCUCGCCAUACAUUUACAAAGCUCAAGUAUUUCUUUAUCACCGUUAUCAUUGUAAACAAACUUGCACCCAAAUUGCACGAUGGUGAAAAACCAUACAAAAACAGCAAACAUUCAGCCUACCUUAGUAAGCGAACCCAUCGGUCAUAUUCUUCCUUGUCCUUAUCUGGAUUUGGAAACAGAAAGAACCGGCAAGUAUGCGAUUCCGAAUUAUGGUUACAUUCCGGAGCAAAGCAAUGCAUGUUCGUGACCUUUGUGGCCUUUCACUGUGGGGAUCGACCACCUACUCACAGAUAAAUUUCUCCAUAAAAUCACACGUACAGCUUCAAACGUUUGCAUCGAGCACAACAGUGGAGUCCAUAAACCAUUGUUUUUUUCAUUCUUUGGAAUAGAAAGUCCUUCAUGUCGAGAUUAUUUAGCGAACAAUACGAAACCGCAAUUAACAAUGGCGUCCGUAUUGCAGCCUGGUUUUGUUUAGACCCAGAAAAAUGGUUGUCAUGACAGCGUGACGUCACACUUUAGUACUCUAUUUCACCACUCUUCUGGAUCGUGUGGUUUGGAUGGGAUGGCUUGCAGUUUGCUUAACUGAUAACUGUGGCUCGGCCCUCCUGUCUGGUUCAGGUGGAUUUGUAGCGGAUUUUGCUUUGAUACUGUUGCUGGGAAAACGGUUGUGUAUUCUGUGACAUGUUCCUCCUUCAGGUUCAGUGAGAUAUUCACAUCAUCCCUGGUAGGUGUGGUCAUGCCUUUGAAAGACAUCACAGGAAAGCUUCUGUACAAAGGCUCUUGAGACUUUCACGGGUGAUGGCGGUUACGGACAUACACCUGUCCAUUCUCAGUGCGAAGCUCGUAUGCUCGCAUGCCAACCUUGGAUUGUACAAUGGCCUUAACUGGUUCCUGAUCUCUUCCAGGUCUUUAGCUCCUUUAUUGUAGUGAUGAGCCUGUCUAUGCUUGCACAGAAAGAGCUUCUUGUCGACAUUAACCCAAAGCUUUGGUAUAAGGAGGUUCGCAGUAGUUGGAAGUAGGGUUUUUGUCGUUCUUCUGACUAGAUGUUGGACAGGGCUUGAGUCGAGCCCUUGGGUAGGUGUGUUUCUGUGUGACAAGAGUGAAAGGCAUGGAUCUGUUCCAGCUUUCUUUGCCUUCUUCAUCAAGGUCUUGGCUGCUUUGACAGCUUGCUCUGCCUUCCCUUUGCUUUGUGGAUACCCUGGUGAAGAUGUCUUGUGCUCAAAUUCCAGUUUAUUACUAAACGCUUUGAAACUGAGGUCCAUUGUCGGAGGUGUACACAUCCAGAAUACCAUAGCAUGCGAAGUGGGCUUUAAGCUUGUUUAUGACAGUACAAGAUGCAGUGUCUGGCAGUGCAUCAACUUUCCAGAAUCCAGAGUAAUAAUCCAGCUGAAGAGGUCUGUCCCAAUUUUCACCCACGGUCUACUUGGCACUUGAUGAGAAUGCAGCGUUUCUUUUGCUUGCUUGCUGUCAAAGGAAUGGUAGAUGCUGCAUUUGUCCAUAUAAUCCUUAAUAGCACUACUCAUGCUCAGCCAAUACAAACAUUCCCUGGCUCCUCUAAGGCAGCCUUCGAUCCCAAUAUGGGCUGAAUGAAUUCACUCAAGGAUAGUGCGUCUGAGGGUUGAAGGCGAAGAAGACCGAGUAGCUUAUUCGCUUUACCAGUAACCAUGAGAACUUGAGUUUCCCACGUUAAUCUGCUUGUUAUCAUGACACCGAGAUCUUUCUCCUCAUUCACGCGUUGUAGGUCAAGGUGGCCAAGGCGGUAGUCAUAGCGCACUGGGUUUUUCUUUCGUGUCACUGUUAAGACCUUGCACUAUGAUGCGCUGAAAUUAAUGUUAUUGUGAAGACUCCAGGAAUCCAGGUUUGUUAGGCUUGCUGCAAUUUAUCUGCAUCAUUGUAGAUAUGAUAAGAAAUUUCUAAACAGCUUGAAUUGGUUUUGUUUGCGUAAAGGGCUGUCAGAGUGCCAUCAGGCAAGGCACUUGGCAGGUGGUUGAUAAAGAUGAUGAAGAGUACUGGACCAAGCCGACUUCCUUGAGGCACUCCGGAGGUUGCAGGGGCCCAACUGGAGGUAAAUCCAUUUACAAUUACUCUUUGCUGACGGUCCUCCAGAUAGUUCUUGAACCAAUCAUGUAAAUGUCCAGCUACUCCAUAUUUCUCAAGCUUCUCAAGGAGGAUGGCGUGGUCCACAGAAUCAAAUGCUUUGGCAAAGUCCAGAUACAGAAUAUCUGUUUGAAUGUUGUUAUUGGGUUUUUUCCAGUGGAAUGUAGGACUGACAGUAAUAAUUUCUCCUUUGUCUUUGGAAGACUUCCAGCGCAGAAGACAGCCUGAAUGGCAAGUGAAGCCAUCUGUAUCUCCAAAAAGACGUGUUGAAGGUUGUGAGUUUUGAACUUGCUUCAACCAGUUGGAUGUGCCAGAAUCCAUUUUUUAUGUCAAAGGUACUGACGACUUUUGCUUUGGUCUGUUGGGGGAGUAACUCUUCCAUCAUAGGCAAUGGGUAGUGGCUGCGUUUCACUACUCUGUUUAGGUCCUUUGGGUCUAGGCAGAUUCGCAGUUGGCCGUUGGGCCUUUUGACUGUCACCAUACUAGAGACCCAUGGGGUAGGCCCAGUUAUUGACGCUAUUAUCUCGAUUUCUUGCAGCUUCCUAAGCUCAUCCUUCAGUAAGGGCUUUUUUGCACUUAAAAGUGCAAAAGGGACCCUCCUAGGUGGGUGAACAACUGGUACACCUCCCUCCUCUAUCCAAGUGAUAUUUUUCAUCAAUCUCGCCAGUGCCAUUGAAUAUGUCCAGAUACUGUUGCAGCAGUGUGUCUUUGGUUAAGAAUGCACGGUUUUCCUUCUCUGUCUGUCUUACUGCUUAAAUGUUUUCGUGUUUCACUUGGAGUUCCAUCUGUUGACUGGAUGGAUUACCCAGGUGUGGGGGGCAAUGAUUAUUAGCUAUGACUACGAACUCUGUUUCAUAGGACUUGUUAUUCUUUGGAUUCAUCACUGCAACUGUACAGCGGCCUGUGGGCAUCUCUGUAGACUUGUUGUACAUUGUGAGAACUCGAGUAGUUGUUUGAAGUUCGCAUUUGCCCAGACAUUUGUCAAGGAGGCCUAAUGUGUAAUGAUAUUACAUGUCACUCCGCUAUCUAUCUGAAAUUCCACACGCUUUUCCCCAAGAACCAACGUGGCAAACAACUUUCGUGGGUAUUGUUGGUCUGUUACAGCAUUCGUUUGCAGCUCGAGUGUCAGUACGAGGACAUUUAGGUCAUCAUAAUUGCUUUCAACGUCGCUGUACUCUGCAUGUCCUGUUUGAAGUUGACAAACACUCUCCUUCUUGGGCCUUGAGAGACAGACAGCUGCGAAGUAAUAUAUAUAUUGUUGCUGUUGGAAUACGUUUUGCCAUACGCCGGAGAGUUUCCCAGUUCGUGACAAUCCCGGCGGUAUUUGCAUGGCUGUUUGUUUUGUCUUUGCCUGCCUGUGACAUUUGAUGCACUCUUGCGAUUGCUAUAACGGGAUGAUCUUUUAUUCUUUAAACUGUGAAUCGAUUCUUCAUUCGUUCUUUUGAGAGCUCAGCGGCCAGACAGAUCUGUAUACGUUUAGCUAAGUCUAGGUUUUGUUCCUUCAAUAGCUCCUCCCUCAAGUGCGAGUCUAAUAUACCACAUAUUAUGUGGUCAUGCAAGAGUGAAUCAUGGAGAGUGUCAAUUUUACAUGUCGCUGCCAAGAUUUGCAAUUCUGUAAUGAACUUUUCAAAGGACUCUCCCUGUUCCUGAAUCCGUGUAAAGAACUUAUAUCUCUCUACUGUCUCGCUUUUCUUUGGAUCGCAUCGCUUAUCAAAGGCUUUAAUAACUUAAGCAAGGGUUCGAUCGCUGGGUGCAGUGGCAAAAGGUAAGGUUUUAUAGACUUAACGGCCCCCUGUCCCAAUAAGAUAAAGGAACAGUUUUACCUUCACGUCUUCAGGCUUACCAGCCAUGGCGAGAUCCAUGUAUAAGGUGAUUUCUUCUUUCCAUCUUUUCCACCUGAGGGGAAGAUCGUCAGCUUCAAAAUCCAGCUUUUCGGGCGCACGUAGCUGUCCAACACGUGCUUAGCUCGCUGUUGACGCUUCUGCUUGUGUCUCUCCGGGAUUUGGCAUGUCGCCGGUAAAUUCGUUUUCCUGACUUGCUUCUCGACUGGAUGUAUUGCUUGGGUUACUUCAAUCAACUACGUCAUUCUAAUCCCACUUCUCCUGUUUAAAGAUUCAUUUUAAUCACAAUUUCAUGCAUUUCAAACAUACAAGCACAACGUACAUGCAACGCAAUAGUCUCUGAUUGUCCGAUUACAUACUCAAAUGUCAAACAGCAUGUUGUUACUUGAGAACAUGCAACAGUAUAUUGUCACAAGAAAUAAGGGGGCAAUUAAUUCUACACAAAACAGGAUUUCCUUGCUGAAAGUUUGUCACGUCCAACUUUAUUGAAGUUCAAGUAUUCUCUAGGAUAUUUACUUUUUAUAUCGUAUUCGACAAUUUGUUUCUGAACUGAUUGAGUACGGGUGUAUAAAUACAUGAAAAUCAAGUGCCUCGAUUCCACAGAAAUUACAUUAUUGCCAGAGAGCAAAAACAUGAUGAACAUGGCGCAUCAGAUCAGUCGUCGCUGAAAAUAACAGCAUGCUCAAAUCAAGACUUAGUCGCAUACAAUGAAAGUUUACAACACCUGACCAGUCUGCUGUUCUCAUUAAGAUUCUUCAUUUUUUUUUUACCACUGAAGUAUUCACCUGUUUCAAAGUGAUAACUGCUUUCAAGCAAUAGGGUUUGUGGAGUGACCCUUUCUGGAAAAGCUUGACAUCUUUCGCAUUAACCUUUCCUAAGCUUUCUUCACAAAUUAUACAAACGUGCUCUGAAUAUGUUGUCGGUCACGAUUCUUAUCCCCAGUUUCCAUGGCCUCUGCUAGGAAUGCCGGGGACCAUGAUCCUCUUUUGGCGGUGCACACAAGAAAAAAACUUGCAUUUCAUCUCUGGAGUCUUGCUGUUAAAGCAAGCGUGACUAAUAACUUAUUAUUAUUAUGCCAGGAUACCAAACAUGACAAAAUCAAACACAGCCUGUAGCAGUCACUAAUACAUGUACAACUGAAUCAUAUACACAAGUGUCUUUUAUCCUGCAUAAUAGAAUAUAAAGUGUUGGUACAAUAUUUUUAACCCAUUCGCUCCUGGAGAUUUUGCCGAAAAACGCGUUUUGAAGCUAGUCGAGUGGUUUUCUGGUCACUGUCGUGCUAUAAAGAGCUAAAACUUACCACAAACCGGUUUACAGGUCGUACACUUGGCGGCCUUCUGAUCCAGAUGCAAAAUGUCAGCUUGCGAAGUUCGGGCAUGCGCAGAAAGCCAAAUUUCGAGAUAGUUUUUGGGUUUAAAAGUGACACAGCAGUCUUGACUUUUACUUUUCGCUUUCUCUCCUCCCUUCUUUUUUCGCUUUUCUUGCCUCAUUUUUUUUUUCUCUUGCUGGGCAUUUAGUAGGCUUCAUUUUGGUGGGAAGAGUUUUUAGGAAAGCUUUUAGGAUCUUAGGAUUAGGUGAAAGGAAAGGUAGGUGGGUAAUGGAACAAGAUUUUCAUGGAGAUUUUCAGGUCCUUGUCACGUGGUUUUUUGCUUCUUUCUCCGGUGUCCUUGACUGAAUUGUGCUCAUUCUGGUAUGGUUUGAAAGAUCUCUUCACUCUGCACACGUGUGCGAAGAAAGUUGUCCUUGACCGUUAAAACUGAUGACGUCACAAAGGGUAGAAAGGACCUGGAUCCGCACGGGCGGUUACGGGCGGUUCAGGGGCGAAUGGGUUAAUAAGAAUUUUUUACUUUUUUUCCAGGCAAGUCAUCAUUUGAGCAUGGCAUUGUUAAUCAUGCCUUGUGUGCAGCAAUGAAGACAUUACUCAAGGUUAGAAUGCUGAUUUUUAUCACUAACAUGAUCAAGGUGCACAAUUUUAGUUCCAAGGCUGAUUUUGAAUGUCAUAUGUACCAGUACCCUACAGAGCUCCAAUAUUAUUUUUGGCACCAUAAAAGAUUGUGAGGAAGUUUAUACUCAAGUGACAAAAAGUAAGGCCUUGAUCAUGAGCCAAAAGAAACGCUCCACUUUUCUCAACUCUCCAGUUGCACUGCGGCAAUUUUCUACCCAUGCAGAUAGUAAAUACUGUUACAUAUUAAUAACUUCUGUAAAUUUGACAAUUAUUGUAUUUUUUUGUGUGUGUUUAUUUUUGCUAUAAUAAAUUAAAUUAAAUAAAAGAAAUUUUUUUUACCCAUGGGCCUCACUCAAGAGGCUAUCAAGAAGAGGGACUGCUCAUAGACUUGAUUAUAAGACUGAGUAUUAUUCUUACUGUCAACUUAGAUUAUAUCUAAACAAAUUACCAUAAGCAAGGAACAAAUGAUUUAAAAGAAUAGAUAGGUUUGUGAAAUUGAAUAGAAUUAAUUUUAUUGUCUAGCCUAAAAUGGGUCAUCAUUGCUGGUCAUAAUGAUACUGUUCCAAUGACCAAAGACGCCAGAUAGUUCAAAUACGAAGGAAGAAUCAUAUUUUACAUGUACAGUUCGAUGUAAAAUUAAAGUAAACUAGUCCAUUGGCACUUCGACUUACAAUGUAGAAAAUGACGGAAAGUAACCUAAAACAGCAACAAAAUUGACUGUACGUUUGCUUCUAUGACGGCCUCCGUAUUUAGACAAAACAGUUCAUAUUUUAUACAGUCUGGUUUUCCGGUUAACAACUUCUGGUUAUCAACAAAUGGGUUAGCAACUGGUCAGCUUAAAUGAGUCUAAGAACUGAACCCCACGCUCUCUGCAUGACUUUGAAUAGCGCAGCUCGCAUAAACAAAAGUACAUGCAUCAUUUCAAAUUUAAACAAAGCCCGUGUAACAUAAACUGGAACAAGGUGGCGUGGCACAUAUUUGACUCAAAUACUUGAACGGACUGUUCAGCAGAACAGAUACCUGUUUUUAUGUUAGUGAGCUUUCAUUUCUUUUGCUCAUUCUGUAAUGAUUUUGUUUUGUUUUGAAAGGAAUAUCUCAUUCUUGUUGCACAACUGGAGCAUCAGUUUAGGCUAGUAAGUGAUUAUAAUGGUAGCAAUAGUCCAGUUUCGAAUUUAUCGUGACCGUUGAAUAGAAGCACAGAAGACUCGUUUGUACAGCGUUAGCCCUAUCGACCUAAAGUAAAUAUUCACAAAUACCAGCGAGAAGGUGCCUGAAUUUGAGUUAAAAACAAUAGACACAGUUGUACACAGGUCUUCUUCUGACUGGAAUUUGUAAAUAAUUAAUUAUAUUUACCCUUAGGUCGAGGCUAUAACUAUGUAUAAAUGAGUCUACAGUGUUUGUAUUCAGUGGUUGCGACAAAAUCAAAACUGGACUAUUAUGUCAUGUAAAGCAUAACAUAAUUAAAGACUUAAGGAUGGUAAAUCAAAGCAUUAAUAAGGAGAACGGCAGAUGGACAAAAAGUGUACAGAGAAAUUGUGCUAAAUACAAAUGGAGUUUUAAUCUAUGGUUUUAGAUUUCUGUUAGUGAUAAUAUGAUUAUUUAAGGAGAUACAGUCAACUCUAAGUUUCUAAGAUGUAUAUCAGUGUGACUGGCACUUAGUGUUCUUGGAGAUGUUUCUUUCUUAUAGAGAGUUAAUGCAGUUUAAGCCCCCAAUAUCCACAUACAAAUUCUCCAGACUGGUCUGCAGCUGUACAUACAUUUUCUUAAAAAUUAGUCAAGAGAAGUUGAUAAAAGCUCAAAGAAAUUUCCAUUAAGUGAAAACCUCUUAAAUUUUUUCUUGAUUAUGUAUUGAUAUGGUGUUAGGCAAAAAAGGUGUUUUGCUUUCUUGGGACUCAAGAGGCUAAAGACAUCGGUUGAGGAACAGCGGGGACGUAAUCUAGGGGUCCGUUUUUGGAAGUUGUCCAUCUUCUCUUAAUCCCCUCAUGAAGAUGUCCCUAAUGAGAGAGUUCACUGUAUACCAGGGGCACCCAACGAUGAUUUCCUCCUAAAUGCGUUAAAAACACUUUUUAGCCUUUCCAAAGUACUUUCACAUCAUAAGCACUGCUGUAAAAUUUUUAUCUGUCUGGUCAUCCUAGGGGAACUUGAGUCUUUUCGAAAUAACAAGGGCGUCAGUAUCAUUUUCCCGGAAAUUUUAGAUGCAAUUUAACACAUUACGAAAGUGAGAUUUUUUUUGAUUCCUCUCUUCGUCACAUUUUUGAAUCAGAAAAUUUUAGGUUUAGCCUUAAAUAGCCUAAGUUGGGGAGUGAAAUGUUAAAAAUUAAACUUCAGAAAAUCAUAGCGAAUUUACUGGAUAAGCGUCGAAAAUUGUACGUGGAUGGAAUGGUCAUCUAGAAAUUUUUACGAUCCUCAAGUAAUAGAAAAUUCUAGGCAUUAUUUGCUUCUCCAGACAGAUAUUUUUCAGAAUUGGGUUCCCCUGUGUAUAUGGCCACUAGAAAGUGCAAAAUUUCAUUUGCUUGGAUUUAGGACCAUUAUGAAAAAUUUUUGCCUGUUUAUAAAGCAGCUUCUUCUGUCUUUACUAUUUUAUAGGGACAGCUGUCACUACAAAAGUUGUGGUUUUACAUCCAACCUUGCAUGAGAACUAUGGCGAUUCUCUCAUCCAUUGCAGUGGCAAUUGAUAAGGUACAGUAUUAUAACACUUUAAACCAGGUAACGUGGCCAAGAAGAACCAGUUACAGAAAAUCCGUUGACACCACUGGUAAAAGCGCCUUAAAAUAAGUGAACUUGUCUAGUUUGAAAGUGAUACGUUUUAUUACUGAGCGAUGAUGUAGGUCCACAAAAUUUUGAAAAUUUAGUUGAUGGAUUUUCCCUAACUUGUCCAUGUCAAAAAUUGAAAAAACUGUUGAAUAUCUAUUCCCACCCCCUUACUGUAUUGAGCCGGUAAGUGUAAAAUACCACUAACAAAACCAAUAACAAUUUAUUUAUCUGUAUAAAUAGUUUACAAUUAUUUCACCCACACAAUAAUCAAGGCUAUUCGGGGUGGGUGACUUUACAAUAAAGGUCAGUUAUAAUAAAACAAAAGCCAGGAAAGAAAAGAAAAUGAAUAAAGAGAAAAGCUAGUAAGGUAACAAGUAAAAUAAUAUUAGUAGAAAGUGGAUACCUUAAGUAAUACCGAAGAAAGAUUUAUUAUUGAUAGCAUAGUUAGCACUGUGUAAUGGUUUUAAAGCCCGUCAGACUCCUUUGUUAAUUUUUUUUUUUAUAAAAUAACUGAGAUAGUACGCGUGAUCUGAUUGGUCAAAAACCUAUGGUUUAUUAUACCGGUAAACCCAUAGAAAAAGGCAUCCGGACCACGAGCCAUUAACAAAACUGGCUAUUGAUCUGCAAACAACGAUUUUAGAAAGGCUAAAAGACAGAACAAGUUACUUACCCAGCCCUUCUAAAUAUUAAAAGCGUUGGUUUCCACAUUUUAUUACUGAGCGUCACAAUUCGCUACUGCCAUAGAAGUUAUAAAGUACAAAGCUGGAAAGCAGUUUACAUUUCACGACGAUGAAGGUUCUCCCAACAUCCCGCGUGGGUUAUCACGCCGGUAAACCCAUAGAAAGUGUGGUCUAUUGCUUAAGUAAACCUGAUGGAGCACAAUAUUCAAUUCCCCAUUCCAGAAACUAUAAGGGAAAUGGGUACAAGCUUUCGGUUUAACCAUUUCUGGGAUCCUUUGGGAGGACAAGCAAUAGUUUUGAUUGGUUGAUGGUACUCAAGGCAACCAUUAACCAAUCACAAGCUGUUGCGCCGAGAGCUUAUACCCAUUUCCCUUGUAGUUUCUAGAGUGGGGAACAGCAGUCCUUUCAUUUUGGUCUUAUUGACCAAUAAAGACAUUGCAUUGAUUUAUUCAGUCACAAUUUGUGAACACAAAAUAAAGGAUUGUACACAUCAGGGAGCUUCCAACAUAAACUGCAGCAUCGUUGUUUUUAAAUUUGAUGUUUGCCACCUUUCGUACCAAGUCCCUUUUACCAACCAUGGUGAAAGAAACUGUAAAUCCUAAGAAACGAGAAAAAUUUAACUGAUUAAAGAGUUAAGGUAUAAAAUAGUAAUUAAAUAGAGCUUAUAUCAACAUGUACUCCUCCACAGUCUCCAAAACCUUCAGCAAUAAUUUGUGUAAUCCACUUCUUGUUUUUGUGGAUUCAUUUUUAUUGCCCAGUAUCAUUGGCCCGACCUCCCCUAUUCUACGGUCACAUCUGAGAGUUAAAUCAUUUGAUGCUAGAGUGGUGUCAUUCACAAUUUUUCUUAAUUGUAUAUUCAUCAAAUUAUCUCAUCAGGGAAGCUGCAAAGGGGGAGCUGUGCUGACAUUAUUGCAUGAAAAAACUGUGGGAUAUACAGGGUAAGAUUUUUUUUGCUUCCUCGUUCUAAUUUGUAACACACUGUUCAACAAGGUUGAAUUGAACUUCAUAUGUACCUUCUACAGGGACAGCAAAUCCCAGGAUCUGUGCUUGUUCCUCACUCAAGCUGUGAGUAGUACAAGUUUUUAUGGAUCAAUUUAGGUUUCUGGGAAACUGCUCACCUACCCCUCCCCUAAACCAACAUUAUCACUUACCUCCCACUUAGGGAAAAAUGUUGGCUUAGGGAGGGGUAUGUGGGCAUUUUCCCAGAAUCCUAAAUUGAUCCGUUUUUAUUUGCAUCUUUUACUUGAUAAAGGCGUUUUGACAGUGUUUACCCUACUCUCCUGAUAGAGGCCAGAACAAAUCACCAAAAGAAUUCAAAUUUCUUUUUGAAAUAAACAAGUACAAUGCAAAAGUUCUGCCAAAGAGAUUUCGUUUGAAUGGUAACACCAUAGAAUUUUGUCCACAGAUUCAAAAGUUAGAAUCAUGACAAAUAAUUAUGCCAUAUCAUUGUAUUGUGAAAGGGGCUAAGAAGUAACUAAUCACCUGUUAGAAAGAGUAGCCUGUACAGCUGGCUUUAUCCGCAGGAGGCAUUUGUGGCAUGUGGAACCAAAAAGAAUCCUGGCGUAAACAGACAAGCGGGCAGGCAAGACAGUUGACCCUUUCACUCCCAAGGGUGGUGAAAAAGUCAAAAUUCAACAAAAUUUCCACAUUUUAUUCUGUAAAAUGUAGUCAAACAAAUGGUACAGUGUGAAAGUGCUAAAGUGGUUUUAUUUGAAUGGUCACACCCUCGGAUUUCGUCCACAGAUUUAAAAGUUAGAAUGACAACUGAUCUUGGUAUAACUAGUUCUAGACAUGAAAGGGUUAAGGAAUCUCCUUUUGCCCUUCUCCUACCUCCUGUCUUAUGGGAGGCAGGGUUACAGAAUCUUCUUUUCCUCUUCCUCCUACCCCCUGUCUUAUGGGUGACUGGGUACGGAAUCUUCUUUUCCUCUUCCUCCUACCCCCUGUCUUAUGGGUGACAGGGUACGGAAUCUUCUUUUCCUCUUCCUCCUACCCCCUGUCUUAUGGGUGACAGGGUACGGAAUCUUCUUUUCCUCUUCCUCCUACCCCCUUUCUUAUGGGUGGCAGGGUACGGAAUCUUCUUUUCCUCUUCCUCCUACCCUCUGUCUUGAUUGUUUCAAUUCUCUGACCACAGGCGGACCAUCCAAACUGUUCGAGGCAUGGUGAUGUCACUUACGACGUUUGAUCUCAUACAUUUAAUUUUUUUGUAACGGCCGCUCUCGGCUGUGUUUUAUGAAGCAUUUCUCCCGAUCACUUGAAUCAAGCUGAGAGCGAAGAUCACAUGUCGCGCGUGACAUCACGAUGCCUCGAACAGUUUGGAUGGUCCGCCUGUGAUAUGACAUCUACUCAGGGAAUACUGACACUCACGUUCCUAAAAAAAAAACACUACCCUGCAGUAUGCGGCAAUUUUUCAAGCCCCAAUUUUUGUAUCUUUACUAUAUUUCCUUAACCAAGAACUUACUUUUGUGUAUGUGAAUAUUGUUUGCGCAGUUACCUUAAUGUCUUAUUACAGGCAUGUGUUCCCUACUUUGAUAUCCUUGAGCAGUGGAUUUACAAAGGAAUUAUCAGCGAUCCGUAUUCUGAGGUGAGAAUUUCUGGAAAAUGCUCUAUAUUGUUUUAGCCACAUGUUUUUGUGUAAUUACUUUUUCUCGUCCUUUCAGUUCCUGGUUGCAGAGCACGGCUCUGUUCAAAAAGAGAAGCUCACUGAAGAUUACAAUGAUGCAUAUCCUUUGAUAUUCCUCUCUUUCUUAUGGAUAGACAAUAGUCUCCCUUUUUAUGGAAAAAAGUUGUCCCCGGAAAGAGAGUCACCCUCCCAGCUCGGUCAGCUUUAGAAGCGUUUAUAUGAGAUAAAGUUGCCCCCCUUGCCUGAGCUAAGAGCUUACAACAGCGCUCGCGCAUGCUCUGAUUGUCUCUCCUUGACCGAGCUGCCCCGGCUGAGCGAGCUAAAGUGUUUAUAGGGAGAAAAGUUGGCCUGGCUAAGAGAGGGACCCUACCAUUGAAAAGUGUGACCCUGCUUGGCGGGUUACCCGUUUAGCCGAGCUGAUGUAAACGGUUUACCAAAUUUUGCAAGGAAAUGUAGGAAAAGUUUGCUCGCCCAGGCUAGCUCAGGACAAGUUUUCUUUAUAUAGACGUGGCGUAAGUCUUAUUACUACAGUAUUAAACAGAAUUAUUUUCCUUGACUUCUGUUACAUAUUGGGAACAACGAUAUACAGUUGUCAGAGAAAACAUUCCUAUUUUCUUGGAAAAGGUAAAUUUUUACUAUUAAUUCAAACAAAUAUUCCUGUUAACCUGUUUCAUUUUGUGUGGACAUACGGUCUCCUUUCUAGGUACCCUUCAGUUGUAGUAGAGGACGGAAAAGAACUUAUUCCCUCAUACUGGGAUAACCAUACAAUAGCUGCUUUGUUAGCCUGUCACCAAAUUCGAUCAUGCUGAAAGUGUGUUCAAACCAUCUCAUUCAAGUCAGGAGAGAGUAGAAUAAGCCUGCUAAAGGUGCCUUUAGAUGCCUAGUCGUAAUCCUGUUUCCUUUAGCUUCAUUUCCAUAUAAUCGUCCGGAUCAUCAUAUGUCGAUCGCCGGAGUCGUCUUAAACUGUGUUCAGACAAUCCACGCAACUAGCUACAGACUGUUAAAAAGAUUAUAAGAAAUCACCUCAAAUGUAAUGAGAAACGAUGCAGGCGACUGGGGAGGGGAUCGCAAUCGCCUGUAUGAACUGAAGUUUGUAUAUAGGCUGGUUUCACUACAUUCGUCCCAGACUCGGGGCGAUCGAGUCGAUCAUACGGAAAUACCUUUGAUGCAAUGCGAGACUAUUGGACUCAAUAUGGACUCAAUACUUAAGAUGCUGUCCCUCAGAUGUUUCAAUUCUUUAUUGUUUUCCAGGUUGCCCACAAGAUUCUCAGUACUGGAAAAUAUUUAAAUGUCAUUCGGCAAUGUGGUAAGCUUAUAAGCAGUCAACAUAUUUUGUUCGCUCGACUAACGAAGUGAAUCACAGUGUUUAAUAAAAUGGCGGCACUGGCACACCUCCCAACUGUUAUUCGGUCGUUCCCCGUUGAUGACACGUGGGUGCGUGGGUGAAUGAGUCAAGAAGGAAAAUUAAAUUGAUUAAAUAGAUUAGCCUACAUGUUCCUGAAAAUGAAGUACAGGAUUGAGGAACAAACUGGAAUGGCAAAUGUUAGUAAUAUAUUAUUUUAUCUCGCAUCGGAUUCGACGGUCAUUUAUGUUGUGAGAAAGGACAAAAUUUCUUGAACAUAGAACGUAGUUAAAUGACAAUGUAGAAUGCCUCUUACAUGUGACUUCAGGCACUGGGGAAAGGAAAGUUUUAGUACAUUCCGAACAAAAGCUCUGUUAAUGGAUCUCUUAAAAGAAAAGGUUUUGAAACUUAAAAAAUGGUUUUGAAUUAAAAUUGUAAAUACACAGUUAAGUUCACGUUUGAGAAAGUUUACCAUUUACUUAUUUAUUUAUUUAGGUCAAAAUGUGCAGUGUCCUAAUGCUGACGAAAUAAUUUAUACCCUUCAUGAGAGAGAAUAUGUGGAAAAAAUUGAAAAAGCCUACAGUUACGCAAGCAAGACCUUACUAGACCUGCUAAUGGAUGACCGGGCACUGAUGGCUAGAUUAAGGUAAGAAUGAAGGAUUCUUGUGAAGUUUUCGGUUUCUUUUGCUUAUUUUGUUUCUUUCGAGAGGUUGGUCCUAUAAAACGUUUUUGUGCGAUAGCUGUAGAAAUGUUCACGCACUUAUUGGUUGCAGAGGGAAGGAGUCAUUUAUUUAGGCUACACAUAGGUAUAUGCGAAAGCAAAGGUUUAGGACUGUGUAACCUUUUUGGUCCGAACUGCGAAUCAGCACAAGAUUCACGAACGUUGUGAUUUGAAAUGCGGUAAGUUUGUAGCCACUGGCCUGGACCUGAAGGGUAGUUAAAGGGUGGAUUUCCACUGUCGCGUACUUUUUACGUGCGAACGCGCGUAAAUUUUACGCUUGCAAAUGAAAAGGAGGCAAUUUAUGAAAGGUCGCGCAUAAAUGGUAGAAAAUAAACCUCGCUCAACUUUUACAUUUACGGAAUUCGCGCGACACUUCAUACAUCGCCCCUUUUUUUAUUUCGCGCAUAAAAUUUACAUGCGUGUGUGGUGGAUUGUGGAAAUCCACCUUAAGAAGUAAGGACAAGUUGAACAACAUUUGGACUCUUCCACAUGUUGACGGACAACAAAAAGCAAUCCUUAGGUUGCUCGAUCAUUUAACAACGUGAACGAGCUGCAACGAGGGUUCUUACGAAGUUCGGCAUUAUUGCAAAGUCUUGACUUCCAGACUUCGAAAAAGACUAGGAAGUGAAGAUAAAGUGUGGAAAAUGGUAAAUGUUUUUUUUUUAACUAUAACUCUGUCAUAAGGCGUAAUUUGAUAUUUCGGGAGAUUGUAUUCCUGAAUAGGACCUGUUGUUGACAGUGACUGACGUUUCGACAACCUGUGCGGUAGUUUUCGGCAACCUUUUUCUAUUCCUUGGCUUACCAUUUUCACGGCCACAUAAGUAGUCGCCUGUUUGUCUCGUGAAGCGACGUUCCUCCGCCUCGGGCGGAGCAUUGUGUGACGGGACAAAAACGGCUGUAGGAGACCACCACAGGGCAGCUACUGAAGUCUCUGUUCACACAUCUAUUUGGGGUCAUGUGGGGUGAAAGACUUAAUGGCAUUCAGCCACGAAGCACAUACACCGCCACAGAUACUGAAGAAGAGCUGUAACUCUCUAGGUCUAUCAAGCAUUACUUUCUCAUGGAUCUUGGAGAUUUCUUUGUUCAGUUCAUGGAUCUAGCCGAGGAUGAGAUGAAGAAAAAUAUGGAUGGUAUCCUUUCUGACCUCAUUGUGUUUAACUAGAUAACUGAUUUCUUUGUUUAUUACUUAUUUAAGCUGGUGUCUGCCGUAGUCUAGUACAAUGCAGGGUACAUGAUCUUCUUUUGUAUCAGUUUGACAUGGUCAUCCAAUGGGCUGUCACUGGGGGCCGGGGAUUUCCCCCGGGCUAUCCCCCGUCCACUAUGACCAUGACCCCCAGCUAUUUUUAUAGAAAAUAAAUCCAAAACAUCUUCCCAGCUGUUCUAUUCCCUACCUACAUAAUUGCACAUACCCAGUGAACCUAUGGCUUUAUCCAUGGUUAAGCAUUGAACUAACACACGUUGUAGUUAACAAUAAUUUUGCUUCUGUUGAAAGAUACAGGUGCAAAACUUUGCUUAGUGCGCCUUCCAAAAGUCAGAACUGGACGGCCGGACGGUCAUUUGAAAAUGAAAUACAGUAUUAUUCUUUUCUCGAAAUUUGUUACUUCAGAUCCGUGCAUACCAUUUACCAAUAAACCAAUGUGCCUGGAUAGUCGUGAUUAAUAGUGGAAUUCUCGUUGAGAUUGGACUGGUCUUACCAGACUGUUCUGAUUAAACGUAAGCGCCCUAGUAGUGUAUAUUCAAUCCGAAGAUUAUGGUGACUAACCACUCAUCACACGAAGGUCAUCACGGGUUUGAUUGCCGUGGGAAUUACGGGGAUUUUAAGGAAUAAUUAGUCAUUGUUUUUAGAAUUAGAAUGUGUACUCAGGGCUCAAAGUUAGCGACUAACUGGUCGCAUAUGCGACUGGAUUUUUGCUUGUGCGCCUAAAAAUUCAUGUGUAAUCGCACCUGUGCGCCGUAAAACCCAAAGCACAGUGCGACUGACUUACUUCCGACUAUACUUACGAACUCGAACUAGAACUGAGACGGUGUAUGUUUAAUUGGUCUUUUCUCCCAAUGGAUUCUACGAACUCAAAUGUUCUUUUUCGUUUCGAUGUUUUACUCCAUUCCAGACUCUUUUGUUUUGUAAUAAAGUAAAACACCGGUGACACACGCAGAUAUAUGUUACGAACGAAAACCGUACUUUUUGCGCAAUGGACGAUCAUGUUGAACCUUCAGUUUUAACGUCAAUCAAAACAAAAAUAGUGCGGAUUAAGAGCCUUUUUUUCCAGGUAAGAAAGUUUUUAAGUCGUAUUCCAGUUACAUGUAAGUCAUUGCGUAUUUAACAAAUUCAUUAAAGAUUAAUUUUCAUUCUCGUUCGACACACUCAUUGUUGUCAGUUUUGAAUUGUUUUUCAAGUGUAAGUUUUCUUUGGUCACAACUGUACUGUCAAAAGGAGAAAUUAGUAUGAAAAAUCACAACGGUAUUACUGCGUAACAAAUCGGCUGUGUUUUAUCAGUCACAGGACUGAAGUAAAAGUAACAAACUGAAGAUGACAAAUAAACGUGGCACUGUUAAGCUUUUUAUUUUUUCUUUUGAAAUAGAUGCUCCCAACAUUAUAAGCUGGGCUCCUAAAAUUCUCAGCUGUGCGCCUAAAAUUUCGGCAGUGCGCCUAAAAAUUUACAUCUGGUAGCACAAGUGCUCCCAAACUCAAAUUUAAACUUUGAGCUCUGGUACUGGAAUAUAUUUUAUGUUAUGUAAAUGAAGCUUCUUUAAUACAGUCUAACCUCUCCUUACGGACACCUCUCUAUUACGGACAGUUCGUUUGGUCCCAGAGUGCCAAAAAUCACACAUUCCCUACCUCUAUAAUACGGACACCUCUGUAAAGCGGACACUUGGUUCUGUCCCUUUGGUGUCCGUACUAAAGAGGUUUGACUGUAGGAGGAUUUUGAAGAAUUAUGAAAUGGGCCGAUGAAAAUUUUUGGAUUGUUAACUAUGCAAUACAAAUCAUUAAAUAAUAGUAAUAAUAAUAAUAAUAAUAUUAUUAUUAUUAUUAUUAUUGGUCUUAACUCGUGAGAAGUUGACCAUCUUCUGACGCCUUGUUACGUAUUGCGUGCUUUUUAAAUUAUUUCAUUUAUGGGGCUGAUUUAAUCCAAAUGUUUAAUAUUAUUUAAUUCUCCUUAAUCUAUGAUUUCUUAGAUAUUAUGCCUUCCAGACUAGAGAACCUGUUAGAGUUAGCAUUAAGAACAAGCACGGCCAAUAGUGAUCCGUACAAGGAUGACUUGAGGUAAGCUACAGGUGCAAAUUUGGGGUGUAGACCUGAUAAACUAGACGUUCUUAGUCCAUGAGCUUUACAUUGUAGAUUAGUUUUGUCAAUGUGCGUUUGUUGUCAUUAAUUUAAGUCGUUUAGAGGGAGUAAUACAAUGGAUAGGAAGUGAAACACGCCUUCUUUAUUUAACGUUUAAAACCUUGUGACUAACAUCAACCUUCUCCUAACAAUACUGAUAUCUGUGUUGCAGGUCAAAAUAAAAUCCAGGUUAAAAUUUUUAACCUAGGUUGAUUCUCAAUUUCCUUUGUCUCCAGCCCUAAUUAUUCAUGAAUUAAGAUUAGGAAACAGAGAAAAGUGAGAAUCGACCUAGGUUAAAAAAUUUUAACCUGAAUUUAAUUUUGACCUGUAACAUCUACACAAGUUCAAGAGAAAAGGCUAUGUGAAGUAGAAAAGUGUGCACAAAAGGAAUAAGCUUUGAUCUUUAUCUUUUUCUCUCAGCUAAUUCCUUAAGGAAAUGUGUGAAAAUCAGUCUGGAGAAUCAUUUUUAUGUGGUCUGGAUAAUGAGGCCUAUAAUAGUGUUACAAAAACUGGAAACUGCAUGUCGGUUGGCUUGGGUAUUUCGUGUUUAGUGGGUGACUGGGGUUUGGGAUACACCGUUGCUAUUGUCAAUUGCUGGAACGUCUCACUUGUCUUUUUCUCAACCAAAAAUUCUAACUGAAUGCUUGCCAAAAAAUUCCAGCGAUAAUCUGGAACUGGAUUAUUGACCAUUAUUUGUUUGUUUAUUUGAAGCUAAAAAAACAUGCAGCUUAGGUAUAAUUUAGUUUUCGUCUGUGUGAUUGUUUUUGUCUUGCACAGUUUGUAACAUGUUUUUUCCCCUUGUUGUUUUAACAGAGUUGAUUUGCUUCCCUAUGAUCUGAUCACUCAACUGUUUCGUAUUUUGUCUGUCGCCUAUGACAGCAGAGGUAAUAUAAUAUGAACUGUGCCGUAACAUAGCAUAAGGUAGCAGUUAUACUAGGUUUAGCUUGCCAUUUAUAUAUAGGCGUUCUUUGUGUGGUGGUCUAACAAUUGUGCAGCUCGAGUGUGAUCCUAGGGAAGUAGCUCAGAUAAGGCAUAGAUUGUGGAUAAUAUAUCACCAGAGCUAGGAUCCGGUUCAUUCGUCAAUAUUACUGAAGUAAUGCACUAUUAAAAAAUAGCCAGUUUUCAUCCUUCGUUGGAAAUGAUCAGUAAAAAUGUCUGGAAUUACAUGUACCUUGACAUCACAUUUCUCGGUUGUCGUUCCUUUUUUUAGCGAUACCCUGUACUAUUGACGUCAUAUUUACCGGGUUUUCCAAACGUCUUCCAAAUUUUGUCAACGCCAGCCGGAAUUAGCGGCGGGAUUUGAACCAAUUGGAAAGGGAGAAUUAUCUUGGAUGAAUAAUAUUAAACAUUAUAAGCACCAUUUAACAGUUGAGCUUGAAGUAACAAUGUAUUUUUCAGGUGCAACAUCUUAUAAUCAAGAUCCUACUGAACUCCAGAUUUCAGGUUAGAUGUCGAUAUUUUGUUAUCUGUUCAACACCUUGUUAUAACAUGUCUGCUGGACUGGUGGAACCCUGUUUAUGCAACAGUUGUUGAUGAAACUAAUUAUCGCACUGAUGUAUGUAGGACUUGAAGCAUUUUCAUUCGAUUACGUGGUGAAGUGGCCUGUGUCAUUAAUUUUAAGUAAGAAGGUGAGAAUUUCAUACCUUUUACUUUGACAGAGAAAUCUGUAACUUGACUUACUCCCUCCAUAACGGUUAAAGGCUGGUUUUCACUAGCGAGUCGGAGUCGUAAUCGGAAGGGUAGAACUUUACGAUCUAGUGAAUACAACGUUCUGAUUCCGCUUACGACUCCGUCGCUUACGAUCUGGUGAAAACUGGGUUGUCGGAGUCGCAAGCAGAAGCAGAAGAACUAAACCAAUCACAAAGCGUGGGAACGUACAUAUUGUGAUUGGUUUAUUCUUCCGCUUAUGCUUCCGACUGCGACAAUCUGGUUCUCACUAGAUCGUAAACGACGGAAACGGAAGCGGAGUCUGAUGAAGAAGGAAACGUUCUGAUUCUGCCGACUCCGAUUCCGUCGCGCUUAUGACUCCGCUUACGACUCCGAUUCUUGAUUUUCACUGAGUCAUAAGCGCUCUUACGACUCCGCUUACAUCUCCGACGCGAGUGAAAACCAGUCUUAAUAAUGUUAUGUCUUUUCUUCUUCUUCUUCUUUCAAGGCCUUAACUAAGUACCAGAUGUUGUUUAGGCAUUUGUUCUAUGCCAGACACGUAGAAAGACAAUUGUGCAAGUAAGUUGACCAUAGAAAACUAGCAUAAUACAUUUCGUAAAAUGGCAUUUUAAAAACAAGUAAGUUAGUAAGAUGUGCAUGGGCAUUGAGACUUAGUCAAGGGUGCGUGGAGGCCAAUGUAGCCUAACGGUAGCAUGCAAAAAACACUUAGCAGUCUUACAGAGUUACCCCCAGCAGUAUGUAAUUACUUAUACACGAGGGUGGUGAGAGACAAAGUACAGCAAAGUUUCUUUUGUAAGGAAACAUCGGAUGGCAGAGGGAAGAGAGCCUGUUAGGUUUAGUACGGCUUGAACGACAACAAAAUAUGUAGCUUUUUCACGGCAUUAGGUAUGUUGACGCCUUUAAAAUUAUAAAAUAUAGAUGUUCUAAAGAUUUCACUUAGAUUGUGCCUUUUACCUUAUACGGCGUUUGCCCUGGCCUUCACGGGGAUGACAUUUCGGUAGCAUAAUAGCCUGCAAGUAAGCUCUCCAGGGCGCUCUGGCGGUGGCGCGGGAAAAGGAAGGAGAGCUUGCAACUACGUCUCUGGAAUUUGAAUAUCUGCAUCGAAAAAGUCGAUGCAAAACGCUGAUUGGCGGAGAUGACAUUAGAAAUGACGUCAUUACCCAUGGCACGUGUUUUUCAUUGUUUGUUUACAUUCGCGCUCGUUUCCGCUUCGCGCUGAUUGGCGAAAAUCUGAAGCUCAGUCGACGGUUAGCCACAGGGGAAUUUGAGAUGGAAUUCAAAUUCCAGAGACGUAAUUGCAAGCUCUUCUUUCCUUUCCCACCCCGCUGCCAUAGCGCCCCGGAGAGCUUGCUCGUAGGCUUGUAGCAUAACUGAGACGAGCGCUCGGUCGAGGGCAAUUACGCUGGGACCACUGGGCUGCCCUCGGAAGGUCCAUCAUUGUUAAUUAACUGUUCAGGGACAGAACCAACAGGCAUCGCUACUGAAUGCGGAAAGUGUGUUUUCCUUUGCAACAGAACGUAGCGUUUGCAUUCCUUUGAUAUUUAAUGGUGAAUUAUCAUGUUAUCAUGUUGUUGUUGUUUCAUCUUUAAUAUACUCACUUUGGAGGUUGGUUGGCCGCAUCUUGGAUAUGCUUUAAGGUGACAGCGCGAUGCUGUUAGUGAGUUCUUCACUUCUUGUGUGCCUAUCAUUACUUGGCUGUGUAGCCGCGUGAUGCGGUUCCAGUCGAGACCCACAAAUUGGCCCUUGCUCACCAUAGAGUCUCCAGUAGCUCAAGUGGUUAGAGCAUCCGACUAGAUCACGGAGGGUCGUGGGUUCAAAUCCCAUCUGGGACUCGGAUUUUUUUCCGAGUCCUCCUCAAAUUAAUAUCAUGUUGUUGUUGUUUCAUCUUUAAUAUAAAUAUUCUUCAAAUGGCUUUGUAUUUUUCCUCCUUUCCAGUGUCUGGGUCAGCAACAAGCGAGCAAAGCAGUUCACUCUAAACUCUUCCCAUUGGUAAGAUUUAUGAACUAUUUUAUGAAAUUACAAUAAAAUGCCGGAAGGGAUCAAUCGAGGUUUUCUGGGGAACUGCCCACCUACCCUUCCCCUAAGUCAACAUAAACACUGACUUCUCACGUAAGGCAAAAUUGUGAUUUAGGGGAGGGGUAGGUGGUCAGUUACCGAGAAAUCUAAGUUGAUCCAAAAUGCCCACCCUCACUGUCAGCCAAUGGUUUACGAACUAUCAUCCCCGGCAAGCAGAAAAUGAACUGAUUUUUGUUUUUGGAUUCAAGUAUUCGGUUAGUAAACAUGAGAUUCUGACGAGUUUCAAAAAAGUACCAUUUGGUUUCUUCUUUUCAUCGGUGGACCAGAAUAGAGUGGAGAUCGUGCGUCAGGACCUAGAAACAUAAGACUCUAAGAGUGGAUGUUCUAAGAAUAAAUGUCUUGAAACUUCAGUUGUCUUAUUGCUACCUGAAUCUUGUGAUAGUGACUGUAUUGUACGUGACCUCAGGUAUGCGGCAGCAUUUGCUCUGCGUCAGAGGAUGUUGCACUUCGUACAAACCUAUGAGCAUUACAUGAUGUUUGAAGUCCUGGAACCCAGCUGGCAUUUAAUGGAAAAAAGUCUGAAAACGGUGAGAUCGGUGACUUUAUCUCCGAGUACUGAAAAGAAUUAACCGUCUCUCAAGUAUCAUUUUUCACGCACAAAUGAACUUCGUCUUAAUGGCUUUAGCUUGUCAUGAGCCGAUAAACCAGAGUGAGCAAUUCCCAUACUAGACCUAUGUCACGGCGUUUUCACCUACUGGUUUAUUUUUAGAUACAUCGUAGAGCUCUUUUUCCCGCGAGAUGAAGACCCCGCUCCGUCUAAAGUAUACGAUAUCAAAAAGGAAAACAAACCUUCAUUAAGAGGUUAAAAUACUAUUUUUGGGUCUGUGGGGUUUGCUGACAGGUUUGUUCUAAAAAUUAACUGGUCACUGAAAACGCCGUGACACGAUGGAAGAUGCUCGCUCCAGGCCAUUGGCCCCUGGCUUGUUUGGAAUGGUAAGUUUCAUUGUUCAUAAAUGAAUUGCUUACCGAAGGUAAUUUAGGAAAAGCCGAGAGGUUCAACGAAUCCGGCGAUUUGCGCAGUUUAAUGUUUCAUUUCCUUCACAGGUAACAAACAUCGAUGGCGUCCUAGAGAAUCAUAAUGACUUCUUGGACCGCUGUCUUAAAGACUGCAUGCUCACAAACCCCGAGUUACUAAAGGUGAAGUAAGCUAACAUGGACAGUUACUUCUCACUUAGGGCAAAAUGUUGGCUUAGGGGAGGGGUAGGUGGGCAGUUUCCCAGAGACCUAAAUCGAAUCCGUCCAUCUUAUAAAGGUGUCCUGCUUAUGGAGUGGCCAGGGGAUGGCAUGGACCAGGUAAAGGAGGUGUCCGUCUUAUAGGGGUGUACUUUAAGAGAAAUGUGACUGCUUAACGCAGUAGAUCUGAGAGCAACGUCUUCAAUUUGUUUAUAUAUAUGCAGUCGAGCAAUCACAUAAUUGGCUAAAGGGGAGUACAUUAAGGGUUUGACAAGGGGCGAUUUGAACAGUUUCCACGGGUUUAGGGUUGGUUGCACACACCGGUGGUUACAUGGAUCAAAGAAAGAUCUGUGUAAAUCAUUCUUUGAUGAUCGAGGUCGGUCGCGGCAAUCCCUUUCGUAUGCUUCAUAGUGAAGAUAUGCUAAAAUCACCCUUGGUGUAUGCGUUUUCCUUCCUGUAUGCUCCCUUUAUGGAGAGUCGUCUUUGAUUGACAUAACUAAAUACCAGAAAGCACGUGACGAGAGGAGAAUAGCUUCACUAAUCUAUUCGCUUUGCUUGUUUCGGUUUCCACGAAUUUCCGACCUUUCACUUAUUCACUCGAAAAUCUUCUCUUCAGUACAUUUCUUGCUUUUUGCCGUUUUCACGAAAUAUUGCAAGGUGAUACCAAGGCACAGUGUCAUGAAUAGCCAGAGGCUAAAAUGUACCUCGUCUACAUUAACACAAAUCGUGAUAAUUGUUUUAGGUUGUGAGUAAAUUGAUGCUGGUGUGUGUAACAUUCACAAAUUGUAUGCAGGUGAGUUUGUUUUCUAUUUAUUUAUUUCGAUUUAUUUUAGAUUUAGAUUUAAAAUUAGAGCACUUUGACCCCUUAACACAACAGAUACGGGCUCCAACUUACGUGUUACCUGAAGCUAGCCAUUUGUUAGCCAACUGGCCAGGUCAAUUUAAUUACAUGUAUUUGAUUUGUUACAACAAGAGUACAUUUGAUGUGCAUAUUUUCACUUAUGUUUAUUUUAAUAUAUUUAUGAUUUAUUUAUAAUUAGCCUUUACGUCAAUGCUGUGAGCUCUCCCUGUCAUGGGAAACCUUUAUUGAUUAAAGGUGUAGAUGCAGGUGUCACUACCAGAGAUUGUUACCUCCAUUGUGCUUCUUUCACGUCCCACAAGAGUGCUGUGAGACAAGGCCUGUGGUUUUUUGUCCUCAUCCGAGAGGACUUAAAGAUCUAGCCAUCUGCAAAUGUGAAACAAAGCCAGCUCAUUGUUCUCAAUUGUUUGAGACUACAAGUGUUGGCCCGGCCGGGUGUCGAACUAGGGUCUACCGCUUCCAUGUCUGGUUCCCGUCCAGUUGGCCAGUUUUAAAUUAUUUUAAUUCAAACUUGGCUCCGAGACUGAGGGGAAUAAAAGAAAAGAAAUCAUAUGGAGAUUCAGAGUUGAAUCCCCUUAGUGCCCCUGGGCCCCGGGGGGGGGGGGAGGGACUCUGCAUAUGAAAGGGGUGGGGAUGCUUGUCGGAACUUUUGAAUUAGACCCCUAAAGGAGACCGAUCUGGGAUUGGCUCAAGCUUUUUUUGACCCCCUAAGCGAGACGACGAGCACCCCCACCGCUUUCAUAUGCGGAGUCCCCCCGGGCCCUGGGCGCCAGAGACUUCUCUUGCGUGGUUUCCGGUUUCUGUCAAGUCCGUAGUUUCAACCUUCGGCCGAAGAUGUGUCAGCGUCAUGCCGACACCGAAGUCUUCCACCGCAAGCGAGAAAAAAACUGUCUGACUAAUCUGUAGGUUACGUUUGCAAUGCAUGAUUUCCAAGAGCAAUGUCAAACUGUGUUCCGUGCCACGAUAUGUUUGUCCUUAUUUUCUUCAAAACAAUUUGUAAUAAAAAAAUUAUUAGAUUUGGUUUUUGAGAUAUCCGUAAUGAUAAUCAAGGUCAAGAUAAUUGUUUUCAGCCUCGGUUGGUGACACUUACCUGGCCGUUGAUUAUUCUGGAUACCACAAAAACCUCCUCCAAUACUUGUUUAUUCUGGUGUGAACAGUCAUAAGAGAAUCAACAGACCCGUCUGGACACAGUACGGCAGUUUCUGGACAUGUGUCGGCAUUUCUUUAUUUCAGCGGUUCACCCAAAGUGCCAGUGUAGAGUCACAAGAAACCGAUGCCCCUGGUGUGAGUCCAAUGAACAAGAGAGGUCCCCCACCAGGAGAACAGGAGAAAAAGAAAACUACUUUCAAGGUUCACCCGUCGCUCGUUUGUCUUAAUUCUUUAUUUUUGUCUUCGUUUGUUUGUUUGUUUGGUUUGGGUGUCAACAGUUCAAGUAGAGGUCGGAAAUUACACUGUACAGGUCCUUGACCAAGAAACUUUGCUGACAGAUUUAUCUAAAUGGCGUGCAAAUUCAUACGUCCUCUGUUCAUCAGCUUGUUUGCCAGACACGAAUGUCUCAGACUCCCUAAAGUUCCACCGCGAGGUCAUGUUUCCAGUUUAAGGUUAAGAUUCACAUUUUAGAAUUCGUUUCACUGUGCUUACCGGUCCAGUUAGAACCUCUUCACAGUCCCUUAUUUUCCUGUGCGAUUCUCGUGUUCGAUCGCCGAGUUCGAGAGGCGGCCGUCAAUAUUUUAUGUGGCGAGCGAAAUCUGACCUCUGAAAAUAACUUUAAAAUUACCAUGGGUAAUUGGGGGAGGGGUGUUUUUCUCUGCUUGUAUUUCGCUCGCUGUAUGAAAUCUAAGUGACGACCUGUUUAUCUCCACUUUUGCACCGAAAAAGGCUUACGGGCUGUGAACAGACUAUGGCUCAGUGAAAUAGGUUUGAUGUUUUUUUGGUGUGUGCAUAGGUUGUAUCUGAUCAUGUAGAUCAAAUGAUCAGUGGAGAAGACUUUGAGCGCACCAUCCAGAAUUUUGACAGCAACUUUGCGCUCCAUUUAAUGGAUCUACUGGAAAAACUGAGUCAUUACUCUACAAUCGACUGUGAACACCAGAUGCUGAAUAUUAUUGCGCGGCUGGACCAUAAUGGAUAUUACACUGCACAACUGGAAAAGAAGGCAGCCGGCCAAGGUAGGUAGUCAUCACACGUGUAUGUGUAUUUUACGUUAGUCAUCGCCUUCGGACGCGAGCUCGGUACAGGUGACUGAAGAAGGUCGACUCGCCUUGUUCAUAACCUGAAGAAAACAGCCGACACUUCCCGACGCCGCCACCUGUUUCCCCGCAAAAUGAUGUCUGAGAAACGAGCGCAUAAAUUCCAUACUGAUGACGUGUCACUGCACACAUCUGGGUGGUGCUUCUGAUUGGUCGAAGCAAAUUUCCCACGCGGCACAACCAAUCAGGAGCACUACCAGAUCUCGGUUGUGACACGUCAUCAGUAUGGAUUUUCUGGAGUCGUUCCCCAGACAUUGGGCGCGAUCCAUUCAACCAAAAUUCCGACCGGUCCGACCGAGAAAAGUGGUCCACCUCAAAAGGGGGACCAGUUUUGUCGAAACUUUUCCGGUUGGACCGAAGCGAUCCAUUGAGCUUUGGACCGAAAUUUCCAGAAAUUUCGGUUGAAUGGGUCGCGCCCGUCAUUUCGCAGGGAAGCCAGAGGUGGUGUCGCGAAAUGUCAGCUGUUUUCUCAGGCUUUCUUGUUCAUGUUUUGGUUAAAGAGGAAAACUAUAAACGAAACAAAAUAACGACUGCAGUCAGCAUCUUACCAACAUACCAUAGAAAUUCCCUUGUUUGACUUCGCCGCAGUCAAAUCAUGUUUGACUGGUAUUAACUAGGUUUUGGAAAACUGUUAUGUAGCUAUCGCCCUGCAUGAGCUAAACACGUCGUUUGAAAGUGUGCCCCUCCCACUGUGUUUGUUAACGGGGUGAUUUCAUUUCUUCUGGUGAUUGACCGGAAUUUUACCUUUUUAUUUUGAUUCUAACGAUGUAAGUUUAUAGAUAGUACAGCACUUUAGAUCUGUGAGCUUUUUUGUAUUACCUGUUCAUGCAAACGUACCAUUUUUAUAGCGGCUAAUUGGCUUAAGUGAUGUAUACGUUUUGUACUCGUGACCAGAGGUACUUACUAUUUACAUGGGAAAACCGGAAAUUCCGGUUAAUGUUUCUUGCCAUUCUGUUUGGGAAGCUUUAGAAAACAUGACCUGUGAUUUGAGCUGAUGAAAUUGUUCUGUUCAGUUGAUUUGGCUAUACUUUGCAGCGGGUCGUUCUUCUACAACUUCAAAUAAUUUCAUUGGUUUUAUGUUUCUACACAAUAUUAUCACCCGGAUGGUUUUUAUAACUGGUAAGCACCCUAGGUAACGUUUUUUAAUUAUUAUUUUAAUAGAUUCCAGUGGACCCCCAACGCCUAAGACCCCGACCAAGUCCUCCUCGUCUUUAUCAUCUGCAGCCGAGACUCAGAUGCGGUCAGCGGCUUCAUUAGAUCAGCUCCCAGACUCCAGUCGCGCGCUCAAGUAUUCACUAAAACCCCCUUCCCUACCUGAUAUGUCGGACGGUAAAGGAACGAAGAAGUAAACUGGCAGGCAAACGGCGUCACUGUAUCUGAACACGAACUGCAUUUGGAAGAGAGACAUAAGAGUUCGAUGCGAGAUACCCAGGGCGGGUGAAUUACAGCACAGCAGUAUUCAGUAAAUCCCGGGGUUUGUUUUGUUUCUUUGUUUCUUUAUCAUGAAACAAGAGUUGAUGUAAAUAAUUCAAGAGAGUUAUGGGGGUAGGGCUAAAGUAAAGUAAGAAAAAGGGAAAAAGAAAUAGCUUACCCCGCCUACCAAAGUAGCAGAGCUGAGCUUUAUCCAAUUUACAAAUCACUGCCAUAUCUUGUACAACUAGGGCUUUUUGGCUACUUGUUUGUUCCACAUAAACCUUCCUUAAGUGGACUUCUAUCCUAAGGGACUGGUCAAAAAGUAAAGGGGGGGGGGG